AUGGCCAAAUCGCCGGCUGCGACGCCGUCGUCAAACGCACCGCCGCCGCCUGUCGUGACCGUCGUCCCGGCGGCACCAUCGCCGGCGUCGUCGUCGUCGUCGCCGACGACACCGUCCCGGCACCAUCAAUGGCUCGAAGCGACGGCACCGUCGUCGUCGGCGGCCGCGGCCGACAAGCGCCACCGCGGCCGCGCCGCGCAAUGCGGCGACGGAUACGACUACGACGACGUGGAGAUCAAACUCAAGAGCAUCGAACACACGCUGUUGCCGCUCGUCAAACAGGUACCUACCUCUCUCUGCUUUCGUAACCGCGCGCGUGGUACGUUCGAAUAUUACCGCCCCGUCCCUCGCGCGCAUGUGUGCAGCCGGCGAUACGGCCGGUAACCAACGACGCCGACGCGCCGUGUCCUUUUAUCGUUCCGCUGCGACGAUCGCACCGGUAUAGGUAUAGGCGAUAUUAUUAUUGUUAUCACGGCGAUUGUAUGGCCGUCGCGACGGUCGCGAAUUAUUCGCGGGCAGCAGAGUAGAGCACGGCGGCGGGAAACAGCGGCGCUACAGCGAGCGGCACCCAGCAGCUUCGGUUCUAAAACCAAAAUAGAAUGCCAGGUGUGACCCACAUAACGCGUACAAUAAUAAUGUUAUUAUAUUUAUACGAGCCGCGCACGGCGUUUUUCCGUGUUGCGAAUUACGACGACGAGCCGCGCACUUGACCGGCUUUCGUUCCGCACUGUUGUAAUUAUUGUGCGCCGCGCACCCCGUAAACUGUGGUGACUGCACGCGACGUUGCGGCGCGCGUACGCGAAUUGGCGGUAACACGCGAAACGAACGGACGAGUGUAGUACACAACAUUAUUAUUGUUGUUGUUGUCAUUAUUAUUAUUAUCAACGCGAAUCGUGCGCGGCCGCCGCCGGCUGAUAAAGGGCUCGGAAAACCGUCGGACCGUUUUUCCCGCUGGGUCGUUGUUUUGAGGUUAACCGUAUCACGGCGAAAAGUCAGAUAGCGGUGCCGCCGCCGCCGCCGCCGCCGCCGCCACCGCCGCCAGUGGCGAGUACGGAGACGAUGACGACGACGACGCGGACGACGCCAGUGGCGGUGACGGUGGGUUUUUAUUGAUUGGCGGCGGCGGCGGGUCCGGCGUCGUCGUCGUUCGCGCGCGUUACCCGCACGCGCCAGCUUUGAGCGCGCGCACCGUAUACCGGGCACGAGCACCAGCGGCGGCGGCGGCGGCGGCAGCAGCAGCAGCAGCAGCCAGCACAAGCACCAGCAGAUCGCCGCCGGACGCCGCCGACGCCGCCGUCGCCGCCGCCGCAGCCGCCGCCGUCGUCCCCCCUCGAAACAUACACACACACACACACACACACGCACUAAUACACGUACAUACGCAUUAACACCACACACACACAUACACAUACACACACAAACACACACACACAUGACGAUAAUUAUAUGUUAUUAUUAAUUUUAAUAAUAAAAAAAUAAAAAAUAAAAAAUUCAAAAAUUCAUACUAAUUCAAACCGCGCUCACAUCAUCAAUACCUCGACACGUAAACACACACACACACACGCGCGGGUUUCGUUAAUUUUUUUUAUUUUUGAGUUUUGUUUUGUUUUGUUUUGUUUCGUUUUUAUCACGUACGAAUGUAUUUUUUAUGUAAAAAAAAAAAAAAAAUAAAUCGCGCGGUUUCUCUACCGAAGAGUAAUAUAAAGUCGAAUAAAAUAUAAAAUUGUUAUUAAAAAAUAAAUUUCGGUUUUUUUUUUCAUUUUGAUUUUUACAAGGAUUUUGUUUUUGUUUUUGCCGCAUUUCGAAUAUAAUAAUAAUAAUAAUAAUUUACGCCGUCUGUAUUUUUUCUCUCGGGCUUUUUAUCGUGCCCGUCUCGUUAAUAACACACCGUUUUUGUAUAACUCUCCCGGACCCGCACGCCGCAUCGUUUCGGACCCGCUGCCGGGUGCUACACGUCGCCGCCACCGUGUAAAUAUUUGAGAGGGAAAAAGACAUACGCUGCGACGACAUACCGACACGGGGCGACAGAACAGACACGCGACAUGGCCGUGCUCGGCGACCACUGCGGCAGACAGCAGGUAAGCCGCCGCCGCCGCCGCCGCCGCCGACGCCACCACCACCGCCACCGCCGCCACUGGUACCUGUGCACCACGCGGUCGUGUUAUGCGUGGGAGGCACCAGGGUUGUAGAUAGGUGUUUUCAUUUUUUCCAAAUUUCAUUCGUUUAUCGCUAUCGUCUUUAAUUUGUGUCCGGAACGAACGACGGGAAAUAAUCCAUUGAGGGACCCGAGGCGAAUGGGCAUUUAAGUAAUCGGAUAGUACAUGGUCUCUGCAGACGGAUCUUGUUUGAAUAUCGUUAAUAUUUACUACGCCGACGAUAUUUGAAUCGUACAUGUAUACAAACGGUUAUCGACUUGUUUGACAUCUGUACAUCAGUGGCGCGCUUAGGGGGUGAUAAGGGUUUAUAAAUCCCGUCCCGCGUUGGCUUGAAAAUACAACGACCGCGGGUGUUCGUUUACCAAUCCCGUAUCGAAGUCGUGUAUUUUUCGUCGGUCUACAGGGAAGAAAUCACGAUUCGUCGAAUAGAAAUCGGCUUUUUUGGAUCCGGUUCUGGAAUUCUCGCCGUCAAGGUUCCAUUGUUGUUAAAUUUUUUUGUCUAAAAGUCGCCGAGAUUUGUGCGGACCGAUUAAAAUAUUACUAUUGGUGCGCGUUAUAAUUAAUACAGCAGGCGCGUCUCGGUCCGGACAGUGCAGUGUCGUUUGGCCACCCGUUAUCUCUUAUCUCUUAUCUAUAGGUAUAAAAACAACGCGUCUUUUUAUUGCAGCGCUAAUAAUGACGGUGCCCGGCGCGACACAUCCGGCAGCCCCGGGGACUUCGGCGGGUCGCGAUCUCUCGUCGAUAGUCCACGUCGUCGUCGUCGUAUCGCUUAUAUCGUAUCCCCGCGUCUCCUCCCGCGGCCCGUCCGUCGUACGUGCCCGACGUGUUGUCGAAAACGAAAUCCGCCUGUGAAUUCGAUCCGAUCCCGCCACCGACCGUAUAAUAAUAAUAAUAAUAAUUGUAAUAAUAAUAAUAAUAGCCAUCGUAUAAUAGACGCCUAACCCGUGUACUCGGUUAAGAACCGAUGUUACCGACGUCCGGAAUAAUAAACCGAUAAUCUCGCGCGCGGAUACGGCGAGGAUAUUGAAAUUAUUACAGUCUGUACCCCUUAGAGUCUUAGUACGGGGCGUCAUUGGAACGACUGCGGGAAAAUAGAGCGUAUAAUAUAUAGGCGUGGACGUUUUAUUUAUUUAUUUUUUUUUUUUAGAGAAGUAGGAGUUGGCGGGAGGGGAAGCACGCGCGUAUACGACGAGUCAAUGAAUGACGCCGCGCACUAAAAACACGAUUCAUCAAAUUUUCAGUUUUUUCCGUCCGCGAGCGUCUGUAUAGUAUUAUGCUACACGACUACGCGUCAUACAAUAACGCCGCCGUUGAAAAAUGCGUUCCGACGAUCAUCUAUGGAUUCGUUUUACGCAUUGUCGGUGGCGAAUCCAAACGGUUUUCCGCGGGUUCCUCGGCUGUUCAGGGGAAAACUUUAAUCCGUUCAAAACCAGCGACCAGUAGCGAAUUCGUUACGGAACUAAGUACCCACCGAUAUAUAGGCGGUAAACUAAAAUACAUCUAUUUCCCGUGUAUUUUUUGUGCUUGUACACAAUUUCGAUGAGUUAUUAUAAACUAGAAAAUAAAUUGAUGAACCUAAUGAAACCCCGAGUAUCUAAUCGGAAACGCGGUGGCGUAUCCGAAGCUCAAUCGAGAGGUACGGACGGUUCGAAAAUUGAUUGUAAUGCCCGUCUUAAAAUAUCGCGAACUCAUCGCUAAAAAGACAUCUGUAGUUAUUAUUUUCAAAUUCGGAGCGUACCGAGGGACGUAUUGAUUUACUAUAUGAUGUGUGUGUGUGUUUUUUUUUCUGUCCGUAAACAACUUUUCGAAAAGAAAUUUCGCUCCGAUGUAUCAAGUUUAGCACCUUUUCCGAAGGAGAUUUUAUCUAGUUGGCGCAUUCGAGAGGUCAUUUUUUUAAUAAUAAUUUUCUAUAUCCCUUUGCCACGUUUCCAAUUAUUUGGCGUAGUAGCCAAAUAGGUAUUAUAAAAAAAAAGUAACAUAGAUAUCUUUUUUUUUUCACUUGCGAGCGAUCAGCCAUGACUGCUUAUCCGAUAUCUCUACGCAUGUUAAAUAAAGCAAUACGCAAAUGAAGCAAAAGCAAAAGCUAAUGUUUGCAAUUAAUAACACAGUAACAUAUUGUGUACAUAAAUAAACAAACUCGUAUACAGUUUAAACAGUGUUGGGAAAGUUCCUUUUAAAAACGAAUUCAUUCCCCGUUUUUACUGCAAAAAAAUAACUCGUUCCUUUAAGCGUACUCUUUUAUUUUUCUCUCAAAUUUCAUUAAUGUUUUGUCAUUUUAAAACCGUUAUCACCGAUACACCGUUUAAAUCACGGUUAUACAACCGCGGUUUAUAUUAUGUACUUUGCAUGUUAUUAAUACAAAUGGAAAAGUCGGGAUUUCAUUAUUGCAAUAAACUGUAUUGUGGUGAUUUAUUAGUAACUGACGAAAUGACCACUAAAUAAUUUCUAGACAAUAUUAUCAUUAAAGUAACAUGCGGUUCAUUUUUUUUUUUUUCAGGAGGUACGGAAAUUCGCGUUUACGUUCCUCAUGGAUAGAAAUUCCCUUCCGUUUUUCCUAUAGUUUUAGUAUAGUAAAUAUUUUAUGAAUAAUAAGUAACGAUACUAAUUAAAUAUAUGUUCAAGUCUUGUCUGAAGAGUAUUAAAACGGUAAUUUAUAAUCUGAUAAUGCAAACACCACCGCUAAAAAAAUUCUUAACCCUCAUAUACGCCACUGUGUACAGGUUUUUAUUUAAAUUCGAUUAAAAUACAUUAUUUAACCUAUAUGGUUAUUUUGUUUUUGUUUUUAUUUUUUUUUUUUUGUACACCUGAUAACGUGUUAAUGAUGUCGCCGAUCCUUUGGAACGACAAAGUAAUGCUCGGCUCGCGGUUUUGAUUAAUCGUUGUGAAGUUUGUGUCUUCGAGAGAAGAAGUCGAUGACACAUAUUGAUCCCUCCGGUCAUUUUAUCCUAAACGUUCGCGAUCUGUGCGACGGCGAGUAAAUAUUUAUUUUAGCCAAGAGAUUCCUACAUAAAUACAAGGUAGGUCAUAGCGAACGAAUGUUUUAACGUGAGCGUUUCGAAGAAAUCGAGGAAUCACGUCAAAGUUCGGUCUAUUAAAUAUAAUUUUCGGGAUCAUUUCUGAAAUAUUGUUAAGUCUUUCGUAUAAAAGUUGUUAUAUAGUCUUAGAGUUUUGUAUAGAGUUUAUUUGUUUGAAAACUUGCGCGAUUAAAUUGGCUUAUUAGCGGUGAACUCAUAUUGCAAGUCUAUAUUAUACAGUGUGUUUCGCACAAAUGGUUAUACAAAAUAUUGAAAUAGAAUUGAAAUAAUGGGUGUUUUUUUUUUUUUGUUUUAGUAAAAUCGGAUUCCGCCAAAUACACAUUUCGAGUCUAUUAUUUUAACAUUUCAACCAUUGCGGCGAGCCCAUGCGAAAUAAAACAUACAUUAUUUUCACAAAUAAAACGCCUAUUUUUAACACUGUAUUAUUCGAAUAGUCAUAUGUUAUUUCGUUGAGCGAUUUUGGUUAAAGCAAUUUUUUCCUAUCUCAAAAAUCGCCUGAGAUACCGCAACCAUCUAAAGACUAUUAAAAAAAAAAAGAAAGUUUUUCCGAAUUUUCACCGUAUACGAAAAAUGAUAAUUGAGUAAAAAUAAUCAUAAAAUAUUGCACACAUUAUUAGGGUAACAGAAAUACACGCGUUACUUGAAAAAAAAAAAAAACGGACUAUUCGAAUUUGGCGUUAAAAAUAAGGCGAACAUCUAAGUUUUAUUUAACGAACUUUUGGAAAAUAGGUUCAAAAUGCGUGGGCGAUCGUAUUUCAACCGAUUCCGUUCGGCUGUGAAAUAUUUCGAAUUACCCCGUUCGCACGGAACACCCUGUACAAUACGCGAAAUGUACGAUCGACUUUCGUGCCGUAGGUAUUGCAGGUUAAACUCCUAUACUAUAAUAUAUUAUUACAGCGUGUAUGGUUCCGUUUUCGAGAGGGACACAUAUUACAAACGUUCGUAAUAUUUUAUUUUCACGCCACUAACGAUUUUUCUUUCGUUAACAAAGUAAACAAAAAACAAAAAAUACACUUGUUCGAGUAUAUAUGUAUAUAAACGUCUCUUCUGUGUAUAUAUAUACCUAUACAUAGACGUAAUAUUGCCCGAAGUAACGGGUCAUUUAAUUUGACAUUUUACUCGGUUCGGCGUGUACAGCCGUAUAGGUUAAAUAAUAAAGACUCCAAAAACAAUUUUUUUUUUUUUUUUUUUUCCAUUUACUUAUACGGGUUAUAAGUACUGCGUUUUAAUUUCCCGCACAGUGUGUUUAAUGUUUCGUAUUUACAAUUCAUAAAUCGCGUGUAUGUAGGUGAACGAAAAAAGAAAAAAAAAAAAACCAACAAUACUAUAAUUGCCAUGAAAUCCAAAAAAAAACGACCUCCCCCUGUGUUUUCGGAAAAUAUGCCGCACCUCUGAAAGUCGUUGCAGACCAAAACUGAGUCGAGCGCGCGAUUAUUGCUGCAGGUUUUCCGAAAGUCCACCGUGAAUUAUGCGCUGACAUUUUUAUUUCUAUUAGGAAAAUGUUCAGUAUCAACUAGGGAUUGGCUGUGGGUUCGAGAAAAAAUAUUAGUAAAUAUCGGUUUUUAUCCAGUUCCGAAAAUUCUUCUUUCGGGCCUCGAUUUACCGCGGUCCUUCAUUUUAUAGCGUGAAAACAAUAAAAGAACAAUCCGCUUGUACUACUUGUACUAUUUUUUUCAUCCACUUAAAAUCUUACCUAACUAACUGAAAAUACAAAAUUUUAAAAAUUGCGAAAAACGAACCAACGGCUUUAAACACUCGUUAUCACGGAUAUAUAGAAUUGCGUAAAAGUAUUUUAUAUACCUGUGCUCGUUGUACAAUAAUUCAUAGGAUAACAAAUCGCCCUAUUGAUUAUAUCAGUUAUCGGUGAUAUCACAAUAAUAAUGCGUCGUUCUAUAAAAACUACGGGCUAAGAUAUUUACCAAAAGAAACAAAUUAUUAAAACCGGCGUAACCUCACCGAAAAAAAAAAAAAAAAACUAAAACCGGAACCGAUAAUUAACGGUUCAUUCGGUUCUUCGGUUCCACUAAGAACCGGAACCAGCGCACCCAAAGAUUUUACCAUUAUACAGCCGUGCAGUAAAUUAUUGGUAAUCGCGAUGAAUUCUCAAGUAUAAUAAAGUACAGCGAAAAACACCUACCUCCAAACACAAUAAUAAUGUGCAACGAUUCGUUUCGCCGACCGCACACCGUUAUUAUUAUUUUUUAAAACUAUCCGAAAUUCGACAUCGGUGCACCGUUAAUAAUGUACAAGCACAAUAAUAAGUGUUGGUUCGCGGUUUUUAGACAGUUAACGUGUUGUUUUUUUUCUUUCUUUAAGCGGAGCUUAUGUUCAAUAUAGGUCCCAGGGUCGUAUAUUUACGGUAAAAACCAAUAGACUGAAAUAGACUUUCGCGUUUUAAGUAAGUAGUUUACGUACGUGCGGUGGUCCGCGGUGGAUAUAAUACGGGUUUCCCGAGAAUUUUGCUAUGGGGAAAAAAAAAAAUAAUAAUAAUAAAUAGUAGAUAGGUUAGGUUUAUCGUUUCUCGGCUAACGCGACCUACGCGACGCGGUAAGGUUGCGGCGCGGUCAAACCUUUCGGAAUAUUAUCCUAAACUCCUAUAUACCUAAUAAGUAUACAGUAUAAAGGUUGCCUCGGGAACGGAGUAUUUUUUAUUUUAUUUUGGUCGCGUGUUAGUUAUAAAAAAAAAAAAAACGAAACCUGUCAACGGAGAAAAAUCAAUGUUGAGAAAUUUUUAAAUUUUUUUUUUUUCUAAACUAAUUGCACUAAGCUAGGUAAUUUGUUCGGAGGAGUAUGAAGGGGUAAUAAUUUCCAUUAUACCUUUACUUACGCACGAUAUCGGCUACACAGUAUGAUGGGCGUUAUAUUAUUGUUUAUGAUUUUUUACCGUGAUACACAAAUAGUUUCGCUGAUAUGUAAUGGUAAUGGUAUACUAAAACAUUACAUUUUUAUGUUUAAUAAUACCGUUAAAUUAUUGAACCAGUUAUUUUAUAAUUUACCAUAACGUUUUUGUUAAAGUGUUUACAUUCAAAUUAUAUAAAUACUUUAUCUAGAAAAUGCAUAGAAUAACUUGUUAUAUUAUACAAUUACAGACUAUGAAUCUUUAAAAUGUAUAAAUGAAUAACUAGUUAAAGUGGGUAAACGAAUAAUUAUGAUUAUUACUUAUAUUUUAUAAAAAAAAAAAAAUAUUUUAUACAAGAUUACAUUACAUUACAAUUACAAUUAUAUUACCCAUAUUAUUUAUCAAAAUUAGUACACGAUUGAUUUUGGUGACGUUUUGAAUUGCACAAAACACCAUUCUUACAGCAUAUACAUCGAUUAUUGGUGCAUUUAGUGAUACAAGCACAUUACAAAAACCCAGUCAAUUUCCAAUUUAUUGUUCUGUAGCUGUAAAUCGUAGAGAAAUUUGUGUUUCUUAAGGAACAUCGCUUAAUGAUAUAGGUUUUCGGAACAAAUAGUGAAUUGGAAAUGCACAUUUAACUGUUUUGAAAUACCUAUUUCAAAAACUAAGGUAUUGUUAAAAUAUAUAAAUUUAAAAAAAAAAAUCAAUAAAUCUUAUACGUACCAUUUUUACAUUGAAGUUGAUAGAACCUGUCUUCAGUCAUUUUGAGAACCACAGCAAUUACCGAUCGAGGGUCUUCCCUCCCUUUACCAACAUCAGGAAUUUUAAUUUGAACUUUUGAACCUAAUUUUGCUUCUGGAAAUUUAGUAUUUGAUAAAUUAUUUAUUUUUUUUUCUUGUAUUUUUAAGUUGUCUCGUGCAUUUUGUCGUUCUUCUCUUUGUUUGCGUUUUCUAUUUUCGUUUGAUGGUAUCCCUUGUAAUAUAGUGUGUGGCAAUAUACUUGACGGUAGGCCAGUCUUAGGGUCAGUUCCAACCAUCGCAUUGUAUGGGCUUCGUUUAAAUCUAGAAUGAUAAGUUUCUUAUAUCUCUCUUUGAAAACAUUAAAACCCUAGCUGUUCUAGAAUCCACCGAUUAUUUUUUGUUUUAUUAUAAACGAGGCUACCAAUUCUACUUGGUUCUUGGACGUUUUAAUGUUUCAAUUUUGGCUGGCGAUGUGAAGACUGUAAACAUUGGUCUUAAUGGUCGCAAUAUAAAGCUUUUUUUAGUUUCUCGAGAAAGUACUUCGUAGUAUAAUAUUUCCUCGGACUUAUUUAUACGAAUGCCUAUCAAACGGGCUCUGCCAUUUUUUGAUGCUUAAUUUUACACAUAGAUAGUUAAAACUUGUGACGUUUAGAUUUUAAGUGAAGUGAAAAUUGUAUUGAUUUUACAAUGAUGUUUAUUUUUUUGUUUGUUUAUUUGUACUUUUAUACCAGAAAUUUUGCUCCAAUUUUGAAGUGUAAUCAAUUUUAUGAAAGAAAAUUUUAUCCGGGUAUCCUUUAAGACAGUAAUUUUUUGAUUUUUCUAGGGAUUUUAAUAAUAAAUUGGAAAAACUGGGAAAAUUUACGAAAUGUAUUAUUUUCAAUUUUGUUUUUUUGUUGUUAUUCAGUUUAAAAAAUUCGUAGAGACUUGGAAUUUGGACAGAAUAUUUAUAUUUGCUUUUCCUAGAUGUCCUAAAACAACCGCAGUAGCCCAUGUAUCGUGUAAUUUAUUUCCGCCUUUUUUUUGUAUACAUCCUCUCAUCCGAAUUGUUUGAGAAACCAUUCGAUUAUGUGAGAUCUCAAUUAUUAUUAAUUACUGGCUCAUUUAUUUAAGCAGAUAUUUUAAUAGGUAGGUAUCCAAUCAAUGUUAUGUAAUAUUUAGGAAUUUACAGAAAAAUAAAUUAAAAAUGGUACGUAAUAAUUUUCGAGACAUUUUAUCGUUUCUGCAGACUUAUAAAAUAUGCAAUUAUAUGGCGCCUUUAUCGUUUUAUUUACCCACACACCUUAAAAUAAUAUUAUUUAACGUUUGUGGAAAAUUGUAUAAGUGUAUUUUUCAUAAUAAUAGGUUUGAUAAAUAUAGUCACGCUUAUAAAAAAUAUCAAAUGCUUGCGUAUUCCAAUAUCAAAUAUAAUUAUAAUUCCGUUAUUUUGAAAUACCUAAUUAAAAUGUAAUUUUAACUUACCUGUAUAACACAUUGUGUAUAUAGUGUAACUUUAUUAUGUUUGUCAUAGCCAGAAUGUCUAAUAUUGUAUAAAUAUUUUUAUGACUCCGCAUAAAAUUACUUUUUUUUACGGGUACAAGUCACGUCUUGUUUUUUUAUUUUUGUCCGAAAGGCUAAAUAAUUGUUUUACAAUAAGUUAUCUCUUCUACCUCGAAGAGUAGUCGAUAAUUUGUCUUAUUAUUGUUAAAAAUAUGACUUCUGACGCAUUGGAUUUGGGUUUUGAAAAUUAUUUUUCCGAACCUUAUAAUUAAAGUUUGAAUAUGACUGACUAUUUUUCUAAUUUUCUUUUUUUUUGGGGGGGGAGGAGUAUUUGGUUACAAAAUUAAAAAUUGAAAUCAUCCUAAUGGAAAUCAAAAAUUACUCUGAAGUCUUUUUCAUCAGAUUGAUCAGUAUAACGGUGGCAGCAUUUUGCUGGUAUGGUAUCUACUGAAUACAAAAAUUAAAACUGAUUGUAAAAAACUACAUUGAUGACAUAAUAGACAUUAAAAAAAAAAAAAAACAAACUAAAAAUUAUUAUUAAUAUUAUAAUAAAUUAGUUACGCGUAUUAUGUCUAUUUUCAUUGAAACCAUUUUUGAUUCCUUUAUAUCGUCGUGUAACAAAUUGAUUUUAACACAUAAAUUAUUAUUUGUAUUUAAUUAAUUUGGAUGGUUGGCAUAAAAAACAAUUAUUUAACAUUUUUCAUUUUUUUUUUAAUAAAUACAACACGUUUUAAUUAAAUUGCCGAUCAAUAUAUUAUAUUCUUUCCUUAAUACUGCUAUACUAGUAUAAUAUUACUAUUUAAUUUCAUAUCUUUGUAAAAAUAAGUUAUGGAAAAAGAUGAAGGAAAUAUAAUUAAAAAUACGAAAUCACACGCAUGUGUUGUACUCGUAAUAAUAGAUAAUUAUACUCGAUGUACACUUGAAAAAAAAAUUAUUAGAAAUGACACUAUACCUGUUACAUGUGCGAGUCUUAAAAAUAUAACAUUAAAAAAUUAAUAAAAACUCUUAAAAAUGUAUUUAACAAAUUAUUAUUAACCUAUAUCAUAAGAAUUAUAUACUGUAUAUACUUAUUUCAUAUUAUCUGAACUUUCAACGCACGAAUAAUUUGUUUAGAAAAUUGUUUAGAUCCUGAGUGUAACAAAGAAGCUAUUAGUUUUACAAAGAUGUGUUUGUUUUUUUUCUCAGAAAACAUUCUUACGGUUAGUAACUACUAAUAUUAUGGUCUAAUUUUUCCACGGCGUACCUCAGAAUACGUGGAUUUUUAUUUCUAUUUCUAUUUUUAUUUUAGAUUUUAUUUGAAAAAUAUUUUGAAGUUCUAAAAAGAUUGCUUUUGUGUUUUCUCUAAAACCACUUUUUGUUGUUUCUAAAAAUGUUCCGAAUUUGUCGCGCAGUAUACCUCAAAAAAUACGAAAUUUCCGGGCGAUGGUAUUUUAUUUGAAACAAUUUAUCGGAAUACAGUUCACUUCCUAGGUCUUUUUUGUUUUUAUCGAUGUGUGGGUUACUUUGGUGACAAGAGAAAAGAACAGCUAAUAUUACUCCAUUCAGAAUCGUUUAUCGUUCGUAGUGAUUUAUCACAUUAUACAGUAUGUAAUAAAUUAAAUUACUAUAAAUAUUAUACCUUCCGAACUGUCCAUCUACAAUAGUGACCUAAAUAUGAACCAUGGUGCAAAGUAUGUCUAACUUUUUUUUUAUGAUACAUAUUAUUUAUAUUAGCUUACGUACCGAAAGAGUCUCAAAAUUAUAAAAUAUAACAAGCGGACAAACUUCGCUACUUCGCACGAUGGAUGGGCCGUUGUUAUGGGUGAGAAGUUCAGAAGGUAAAGGGGAAAUUUAAUGUAUAUUUGUACACAAAAAUUUAUCAUUGCUAACAAAAAAUGAUUCUGGGCGGAAAUUGGUCACACAUGUUUCGAAAUGCCUUAAUAUUUAAGAUUUUAAAAUAAUACAUUUCGUCAAUUUUCCCGGUUUUCCUACGUUUUUUCCCAGAGAAAACUCAUUAUAAAACCAAAAAAUAAUUGUCUUAAAAUAUCACCCCAGUCAAAUUUUCUUUCAGAAAAGGUGUUACACUCGAAAAUCAGAGCAAAAUUGUUGGUACAAAAGUUGUUCACAGAAAAAAAAAUUAAUAAACGUCAUUGUAAAACCAAUACAUUCCUCGCUCCGCUCAGAAUCUAAUAUGAAAUAUAACAAUGAUUCAUUAUUAAUGAAAUUAAAAACAACAAUAAAAAAAAUAAUAUUCUGCAGUAAUAUAUUUUAGAUAAUAAUAAAUAUAAUGUCAUAAAAUCGAUGUCAUAUUUCAUUCCUUUUUUUACAAUCUCUUUUAAAAAAAAUAAUUUACUCUAUAAUAAAUUGCUUAUAUGUUCUGUGUACUUCUCGUUUUGUUUUUGUAUUCAGUCGCCUUAAUUUUCGUCGUAAAUAUACACAAUUGACUGUAAUACUCCGGGUAUGUUUUUCUUCAUAUUUAUUUAUUUUUCAUUUAUAAUAUUUGUACAAAAAUGCUAAUUUCUCUUAAUGUAAUUAUACUUGUUCGUUAAAUUAUUUUAAUUUACAUAAUGUAAAUGUAUCAUCGAACAAAAUGCAACAAAAUGUAUACGUCAUCUGCAACGGUCGGUUUAGAUUAUCUUUUAAGUUCCAUGUCUCAAUUUCAAGUUCACACGUUUAUUACCAAAAUGAUAGCUACCCCGUUAGAUAUAAAAUGAUGUUCCUAAUCAAAACUUGCAAUAAUAACUUACUACCGAACCGUAGCAUAAAAAUAUAUAAAUGUACGUGUUAUAAAGCGUAAUGUGACGAUAAUAAUCAAUAUUUUUAAUUAUUACAAAUAAUUUUUCUUUAAGGUAAUCCGUCUCUAGGAUCUAUUCCUGCCCUACAAUUUCGCCUCCAGUUUCCUUCAUCCGCUGCCUGUGUCUUCUACCUCACUGCGUCUUUCAUGUGGUCUUUUUCCAGUGGGAUUUUCUUCAUAUACGUACAAACAUUAUUCAAUUACAAUAUUUCCUUUUCUUCUGGCUUUUUCCAUUCUCUAAUGGUUUUUACAACCAUACAACAUCACUCCAUCUAAUUCCUAUUGUGGACCACGAUUCUCCGGUCUUGCAUUCCCAGAACUCUAAUAUUCAUAUUCAAGUACGUCGAUCCCUUUUCUCCUGGUCUAUCACUCAAAGUUUCUUCUACUCAAACUUACAUUCUACCGUUAUUUCUUCUUAUUAUAUGACCUUUUCAAUUAUUCAGUCUCUGAAGUCUAACCUCAAAAUUCGUCACUGGCUAUACGUUAAUACCGUGUCAUACUCUCGCAAAUGUUGUAUCUUCGCCAAUUAUUUGUUGUUUCAUCAUAAACAGGUCUGCAAGUUCUUCUUACAUAUUUUGUUUUUGAACUUCUUCGGUUUCUAUUUUGUCGGACGAUUUAAAUAUUAUCAUAUUUGCAUUAAAAUAACACAAGGUUAUAUUUUAGUAUUAUUAUUAUUAUUUUCAAAUGCACCGGAAUCGUUUAAUAAAACUUUGAAUAUUAUUUCAGUUUAUUAUGCUUUGUGUUUUUUUUUUUUUUAAUAAUUGUUCGCUAUAAUUUGGUCGCGUGUGUUGUUAUUUUUUCCUUUAGAAAUUCAUAAAUAUUAAUUUUUGUCGCAUGCUAAUUUCGAUACGGUUUAUUUUUGAUAUUCAUGAAUCUGUUUUAUGACCGUAAUGAAUGAAUAAUAUUCAUGUAAGUAGACAACAAAUAUUUAUACAAUGUAAAACAACUUAAUAUAAACAUUUUUAAAGAUCUAUCGUUUUGAUUAAACAAGAUAAUAAUUUUGAAUUUUCAAAUCAAAGCAAUUCAAUAUCGCACUGAUUUAUUAUUAUUUGUAUUAUAAUUCACGAUUAAUAAUUGUUAUAGAUAUUUUUAUAAAUCAUAAAAUAUUUUUUUUCCAUAUUUAAUUCACAUACUUUUAUUUUCGGGUGUACUUUCAUUUUUCCCAGUAUAUUUUACUUUUUUUAGUUUUCCACGAAUAUACAAUGCGCGUAUUUGUAUACUGUACCGCCGAUCAUAAUAUUACAUUACAUUAUUGUAGACCGGUGUCCUAUCGGUACGUAUAUCGAUUAUAAGUUCUGAAUAUUCAAACCGAGAUAAUAUAUUGUAAGCAUUACCUACAUAUUUUAUUACCCCUUCGAUCGUGUAUUCGUGUAGGCACAUAUAUUAUAAUGCAUUAGUCUCCCGCAGUGACGAGGGAAGAUGGGUAAAACGAGAAACAGACGUCAACGCAUUUUCGUCUUUAUGUGUACUUACAUACCAUAUAGAUAAAACAGACGACUAGUACACCGCGUGUAAUUGGAACCAUCGUUAUGUUUUAUUUAUUUGCUUUUUUUUUUUUUUUUUUAUAUAUAUAUACAUUUAUACAAUGAAUCUCCGAGCCUUUGAAGCGAUAAAAAGAAAAACGUAUACCGCUCUAUACACAAUAUGCAAUACGUAUAUAACGGUAAAUAGAGUAUACUGCAGUAUAAUAUUAUAUAGUGUAUACGUAUGUAAUCAUUUUUCCAUCGUUAUAGCCGUGACGGGAAAGGGUUUCACACCAACGUCGUAUAAUAAUAUACAGCGUGUCCCGUCUUAUACGUGCCGCUAAAUUUCUCUUACCGACGUCCAUAGAUUGAAAUGCGAUGUUCUGUGACCUAUGCAAAUGGAUACCGAAGUACACAUCAUUUCAAGAAUUUUUAAAUUGUUUAAAUCCGUCGACGCGUGAACACGCGAAAUACUACUUGGUUUUUUUUUAAUUGUUUUAAAUUGCAACCCCCGUUAUUGAUAUACCGGAAAUGGCUAGGUGAAUUUCUUUUUAAACACAUUUUGAUCCGUCGAUUCCUCUGGUACUGAAUCUAAAAUUGACCGAGUUACAGCUAUUUUCGAUAAAUAAAAUGAGUAAAUCAUUGUAUUCAAAUGUGGCGACAGAAAUUAGAAUUCUAUCGAAACAAAACCGAGUUGUAUCGCGCACGGAACAUUCAUCGGCAAAGUUUAACUUUUUGAAUUUUCUUAAAAUGUGCAUUUCGGUACCUUCUAAAACUGCUGCCGCGGAGAAAAAUCGCAUUUUUCUACGUAUAAGGUCGUGGGACUCAGACGCGCGCAUAACGAUAUACUGGUAUACAUAAUAUUAUACAUGACUGAACACACUGUAUAUACCUAGGGAAAUUUAAAUAUCGUGUAUAUUUUCAUUUUCAUUUUUUUCUGUAACGCAAUUAUUGUAUACCAUUUCAUGUAACGCGCACAAUAAUUUUGCCAAUACCGAGUUUUGAAUUCUACGCGACUUAUUAUCAUUUUGUCGUGUACAUUUGUGUUUCAGAUAUCGACGUUGGUGGCGCACAGGGAACGGCCGUUUUGUACGGAGCGGACGGCCAGAGCGAUCGCCAGGGUCGGCCAGGGGGUGAAUUUGGCCAUCGAGCGGUUCGUGACCGUCGGCGAGACUAUUGCGGACGACAAUCCGGAGAUAAAGGCCGACAUGUACCAGGAGUGCAAGGAGGCCAGGGCGGCAGGUGAGUAUCGGCCGCGGAGGUGGCUGGAGGAGGGCUGCUGUAUAUACACGCGCGCGUCACGUCGAGAUAUAGAGCAGCGAAACACCCUCUCAUCCCGUGUACGGCCGCUACCCCUUCUCGACCCCAAAACACACACACACACACACACACACACGCGCGCGCGCGCGCGCGCAUAUACAGGGUGGUAUACGACCCAGCCAUUAUCUGGCGUACGAAGGUUUCGAGUAUAUAGUAUAUAAUACAUUCACAUUGAUUUUGGUUUUUAUUUUACUCGUCACACUCGUCGGCUUUUGAUUUUCCAACGGCGACCCGCGUUUUCACACUCGAAACGUGAAUUAUUUCGUUUCACCAAUAUCGGAUUUACUAGAUUUCAAUGUUAAGUACACGUUUCUAUUGUUUUAUUUUGCUGCGCUUGAAUAAUUCAAUUCAAGUAGCUACGAAGUGAUUACAUACAUAAUUCGAUUAAUAUAUUAUAACAGAUAUUACAAAAGUGAAACUAUUAUUUUGUAUUUUUCGCUGUUUAAUUGUAUUUUCGGCUUUUUCUUUCGGUGCGUUUGAGGGCAUACAAAUCCUGUUCUUAUAUAAUCACACCCGCAGCGAACCAAUUGUAGAUCGUAUACGGGGGCGAGGGGGUUAUGUCUAAACACGAAUAUGAAAUUUAAUUAUAACAUGACUUCAGUGACGUGCACAGGGGGGAGAUUAGGGGUUAUAUCCUCCCUCCUCCGGCUUGAAAUACAAAAAUAUAUGAGUUAUCUAAUGUCGAAAUGCAUAUAUUUCAGCCAAGUUACGUGGAAAAACUUGACGUAUUGAUUAGGAACUAUUCUUUUUUUAGGAUCCGGCUAUUAAAUUGCCAAUUAUCACAGUCGAUUUGGGUAGAGAAAAGGAACUUACAAUUUAUUCACAAUUCUUAUUUGUUACAUGCUCUCCCAUUGAUAAUUCCUGGGCACGCCACUGCAUGACUUACAUCGUGUACGUUUUGAAAUUAUUUCGUGACGAUAUUAAACGAUUCGAUAAAACGACUAAAAUCAAAUUUAUCACGGUGGAAAUCUUCGCGUAUAAAGGUCCGUGAUAUUGGUAUCGCCCUGUAUAUAGGACGUAUUGCACGAUUCACCCGACCGACGUCGCCGAUCGUAUUACCGUCACCUGGUCGCCGGCAGAACAAUUUUUUAUCUCUUGUCGUACAAUGCUUGCGCAGUUGUAUAGACACGGGGACGACACGAGCGUCGAGUUGACGGGAACGACGGCGAUGAAACGUCAUCGUAGACGUGUCACAUAACAUUCGCCCAUGUACAACGGUGGCGAAACACGCGUUUACGUCUUCCGGCCCGAUUUCCGGACGUGCCCAUUUCCGGCCGAAAAAUGGUAUUUUCCGACUACCGCCGUGACACGCGCGCUCCCGGAUUGCGCGACAGACUCGCCCUCGCGGAAUUCCCUCGACGACGACGCGGCGGUCGAAUUUUUUCCCGCGGCUAGGACUUCCCCGCGCGUUCAUUUUUUCUCACCCGCCCUUGUUCCAAUACCUGGGGAUGAAUCGGGCACAGCACGAACCUGCGUCACACGCUCGUGUCCGGUCAUCGUUUUAUUAUUUUAUUUAUUUAUUUUCGUUCACACCUUCGCCGGAUGUGCAUAAAUCUCCCGAACGGCGAACGGAUUAACGGCAAAUCCGGCCGAAGGCGCGUAUAAUAAUACUGUUAUUAUUAUACAAUAGUCGUCUGUUUCCAAGUACACGAUCGUGAUGUUUAGCUAAUUUAUCACCCGACAGGAUAAGCCCACCCGAUAUUAUAUGUGUGUCCAUGAUGCCGCCCUAUUACAUCACCAUAUUAUAUAUAGUGUUAUAUACACAACCAUUGUUUUUUUACACUUUUAUCACCAUAAACCGGCUAUACUAUUUACCUAAAUUAUUUAUUGUGACGGUUGUUAUUUUACACGUUUUGUUCAAAACGUUUCUCUCAUUUUGUAUUUUUAUAUUUAUUCCGAGUUAAAUAUGAGCUUUUUUUUUUUUUCUGUCUACAAACAAUUUUUUACCACAAAUCUUGCUCCGAUCGUCGAAUGCAUAGCAUCUUUCCUAAAAUAAAAUGUUAUCCGUUGGGGAUGUUAUAAUUGGGGGGAAAACGAAAAACAACGUAGGAAAGGGGAAUGGGAAAAUGUAUUAUUUUGUUUUUUUUUUUGUUUUUAGGUUGGAAAUAAUUUUAGUAACCUGAAAUCUUAUCUCUGCUUUUAUAGACGUGGUAAUUUUGACGAAAAUCGUAAAAAUCAAAACAUGUUUAAUCGAACUUCGAUUCAGAAUCGUUAUUCGUUAGCGAUGAUUGACCGUUGCGUACAGAUAUGAAUUAAACAACUCCAUGUAUUCUAGCUUCUUAACUUCUGACCUACAAUAGUGGUACGUUCGUUAGCCUCAGCAGUAUCAACUCAUUUUUUUUUUUUUUUUUUAAACAUUUCGCGAAACAUACAUUUUAAGCUUUUAAAAUUUAAUCAACUGUAUUUUGUCCGCUCAAAAUGUCAAUAGCAUACUGCAGGACAGAGCAAUAUCUUCUUCGUGUUUGUAUAUACAUAAUGAAAUACACACAUCGUCAACCGAAUACAAAAAAAGAAAACAAGAUUCGCCGCACACGAAUAUUAUAUAAAAACUUUUCAAUAAGAGGGCAUGUUGAUAUAAAACCUUUUUAUAGUUAUAAAUAUAUAUUUUAAAGUUAAAUAAAAUGCACCGAGUUUAUUCAUUUAUUCGCCAUUUUUAAAGUACUAUAAUAUUAUAUAGUAUUAUAAUAUUCUGUUAUCGAAAAUCCCUAUUUAACACAAUAUUAUGCAUAUAUAGGUAUUUUAGUUUAAAAUAUUCACCAAAAAUCACCGUUCAAAAAAAAAAAAACCUUUCCAUAUAUCUGUUAUUCUUUUUACAAAACCUCACUUUAGAAUUUGGAGAAUCACUUUAUUAGUUAUACUUUAAUGAGAAAGCUAAUUACCUACUGAAAAACCGCAGGUUGACAUUUUAAAAAAGCAUUUUUUUUUUCCUUUUACAAUAUAAUUUUAAUUUGGAAAACUUCUUUCUGUAUUAUAUUGUAUUGCAUAACGUUGUGUUUAGAGAAUUAUAGUUUUGUCUUUUUACAACACAGAACUUUUAAUAGACGGGUAUUUAUCUCGUUGUAUGAAAAAGUUAAAAGUCUCACUGUAUAAGCUUGAAAAAAAAAAUCGUUAUAGUUUUACUAUAAUAGUGUUAUACAACUACAAAAAUGUACCAAUAAAAGUGCAUCUUCGAAAAGAUUUAUAGGUUUUAUUUCUUUUUACCAUUAAAUGCGAAAAAAGUUAUUUCAUUUUAGAUACGAAAUAUUAUAUCCUAUAUAGUAUAUGAUAUACUCAUUUCUAUAGGUUGUUUUUUUUUUCACUCUGUAUGGUUCAUCCAUUAACAUACGUAUCUCAAAAUAUUUCAUCGAUCUAUUCAUUUUCGUUUUGAUGUUCCACUCCUCUAUAAACUACAAACGGCUUAGCGUAUCAUACGCGGUGCAAGGACAAAAGAGGGACAAGUUUCCCUCAUUUUUCCGUGUUCGCCAUGUAUAAAAAUGUUAUUUUUAUAUUUUGAAAUUAAUAAAUCCACGCAGAUUAUGCAAAAAUAAGCGUAAUACAUGUAAUUUUGCUACCUCCUGCAAGAUUUUUUUUAUAGACGAUACGCCCUUGUUUAGUACCUAUGUAACCAAACUGCAAAGUAAUUGUAAAUAUUGGAUAUUGAUCCGCCGUCAAUAUGUAUUAUGCAUAAAAAGAUCCUUUUUCUCAUUAAUAAUGCACUCUAUUUUUGUUUACUGUAUAUUAUAUUAAUAAUGUUAAUUUGAGUUUUCAAUAUGGUAUGUCUUAUGGAGAAUGAGUAACGGCUGUAGAAAAAAAAUAUAAAAUUUUAUGUGGGCGUCUAUCUGUACAAACUUAAAAGAAAAUCGUUUGUAGUAAAUAAAUAUAUUUUGAUGAUAUAGAUUGCUUUAUUGUAAUUUUAUUUGUCGUAAUAACUUGCAAUACAAUAUUGGUUCGAUAAAUUCAUAUUUUCGAAAAAUACGGAUAACUACCUACUUAUUCGUAAUACACUUUUUAGUGUAUUCGUAAAGAAACAUCAAAAGUUUGAAUACUAUUAUAAUAACGUUAUUUUUGAAAAAUGUUUGCUAAUAUGUUAACGAGGAAAUUUUUUUAUAUUAUACUUGUAUUAUUCGCGCUGUAUUACAAAGUGCAAAGUUAUUUGUAUAAGUAUAGUGAAUUUAAUGUUGGUAUGCUUGUCAGUAUUUAUUAGAUACCGGAACAUAAAUUGAACAAUAUUUUAUCUUAUAUAUACUAGUUCGAUUUUUUAUAUUUAUAUCGUCGAAAACCAUAAAUAUAUUACAUUUUUUUUGAAAUUUUAUAGGUUAUGUAUAUUUACUGUUUAAAUAUUAAAAUGCGAAAGCGAAAAAUGUUGUAGUAUUUAUAUCUUAGUUUAAAAAAUGGCUGCGGGGGUCUUUAUUUUUUUUUUUAAAAUGCACCAAAAUGUCAACUACAGUUCUCAUUAAAGGGAUGUUACUCAUUAUAAUAUACUCGUGUAUACUUUCUGUAAUUCUGUCAGUAUUUUCUCUGCGUCCGAGAUCUCUGUUAUUAUAACAUUUACGUUAUAUGAAAUGGUUUAAAGGUCGAAAUUUUAAAAUUUGUAAUUUUAACACAAAACACGAACCGAUACCGGCCACUCGAAUACUUUCUCCGUUUUUGGCCCGGACGGUACAUACAAUAUUAUCAUGUGAAAAAAAAUCAAGGCACGUGGAAUUUAAAUCGAUAUUCGCGGGUUCAAAAACCCAGACCAAAUUUAAAGAGGAGAAUAUUUUUUCGUUUUACUUUUAUCUCCACGUGGAGGAGGGACAUGCGUUUUGUAUAAUAUAUGCUACGCAGCUUGUUUGUCGGAUAAUACUUUACAAAAAAAGUAACGUGUAAUGGCCCCAAAAAUAAUACAUCCACUUAAAACUUUUGUUUAUGGGCGUUUAAACUUUAAAAUGUAAAUUCCGUACCUAUAAACGUCACAAUAUUUACGUUCGGCGUGACGUUUAUUCGUUUGGUAGGUAUAUUCUCCGAUGAAUCGACGAGCGCAGAAUAUUAUGCUGGCGGGUCUUAAUAAUUUAAUUUCAGGGAUGCGUAUACACAGUGUUUCUGAUAUUAUUAUCUAAAUAAUUUAUAAUGCCGAUAGCUGGGCAGGUAUAGGUGUUUAAUUUUCUUUUAACAUUUCGAAACUCAUAAAUCUAAUUUACGUGCACACAAUUAAGCAUCGCGGUAAUAAUAUAACCGUUCAUCAACCUAUUUUAACCGAUCGAAAAUAAACACAAUCUAUAUUAUAAUACUGCGGGCUCUAAGUUUUUCUUCGUAUUUUAGAUUCUGAGCAUAACAAAGGAGCUAUUGGUAUUACAAAGACGUGUAAUGUGUUUUAUUUUUCUUUCGGAAAACACUUUUACGGUUAGUGAAAAUGAUCCGAUUUUUUCACGUCGUACUUUAAAAAUACGAGGAAUUUUCGCCUGAAAUACAUUAUUUGAAAUAAUAUCGACAUUUGUAACAGUUCACUAAAUAGGUCUUUUUUCUCGAGUGGUUUAGGUGAUUUCUUAGUUGAUUCGAUAACGAGGAAAAACACGAUUAAUUAUACUAUUUCACUCAGAAUCGUUUUUUUUUUUUUUAAUCAAAAAUAAUUUAUCGUGACAUACAGUAUAAUAACUAAAUUACUUUGUAUACAUAAUAUAUAUAUAUUACAUAUGACUUCCCAACUAUACCCAGUACCCACCUACAACAAUGUCCUAAUCGUGGUAUUUUUUGAGUAUAUUUAAACCUCUAAAACAAUUUGUAUUUUAUAGGUUAUAAUAAUAUUUGGAUUCAUAUGUUUUUAUUUUAUUUUUUCGUCGGUUUAAAAAAAAAAAGCCAUUGAGUCCUUCGCCGACAACACCACUAUUUUCCAUCUAUUCCUAUCAGUUAGCUGUCAAAUCUAAUUUUUCAUUCCCAUCAUAGUUUAGAUCUUCCUAUACCUACUUAUUUCAUCCAACUAUCAUCUGUCUUGGGCGUCCUAGUGGUGACUUAUACUCCGGGUUCCAUUUUACUGCUUUUAACUUAUAUUAUGUUCUUCCACCCACUACACGUGUAUUGUCCAACUUAUCUUUUCGGUGUUCGAUGUCCCCACUUCUUUCAACAUAUCUUGGGUUUUAUUUUAUUUUAUACGCUCCAAAUGUAUUACGGAAACUUGGUGCAGGAAUUUUCUCUCGAAUAUUCGCCUUUUUUUUUUUUCCGGUGGACAGCGUCUCAAAUGUAUAAAGUGCAACCGGGCGUAUACCACGACCCCGUAUUUAGUUUGUUUUUCUAUGAUAUCAUGGGUUUCAAUACGACUGAACUUAAGGUAAAAAAAAAAUUCGUUUAGCAGCGUUAUAUUCUUUGUUGAGUUUCCUUAACGGUUAUUUCCAAACGAGUUUAUUUCGAUUCCCUGACAUUUAAAAGUGUAGGUAUUCUACACUAAUUUCACCCGAAAUUCUUGUUAUCUAUGCAAUUCGUUUUUUUUAUUUUGCUAAAAUGCUUUCCUGUAAAUAGUAUAAUAUUAUAAAUGGUUUUCGUUUCAUUGAAAUAUUAUUUAAGUAAUUGUUAUUAUCACGCGUCAUUACAUAUAUACGCUGUCGAUGUCCCGACGAAAUAAUAAAACCAAUCACGUUUACGUACACAUAGGUACGCAGCUACACGGAGAACGUGUGCAAUUCGUGUUCAAUGUUUGUCCGACAAUAUUAUUUGAAAUGAAAUUUGUGUUUUCUAUCCCGAACGUGUUGAAUAUAAUACGUGUAAACAUUGUAUAAUAUUUUACAUGAAUAGGCCAUUUGUUUCGACGUUAUUAUCCUGCAUAAUAAUAUCCAAUAACAGUAAUAUAACGGUGAAAACGUAAUAGGCAUUCUAAAAUAAUAUUGCUCUCGCAUGUUCUCGCGAUAUUCAAUGAGUGCGUGUAAUGUUAUCAAUUUUAUAUUUCAUUGAAUUAUACAUGUAGAUAAUGGUAUAAUGGUUGCAGGUAUACCUAAAGUAAUAUGGAAAUCAUUGGCGGACACAUUGCGUUAUACAGAGUGAUCGAAUUAUCAUACAUCGGAGAUUUUCUUGAAGGAUUUAUAUAAGUGUAUUUUGAUAUUUCGGUUUGUUUUUAUAAUUACGGAAUCGUUUGAAUUUUAUUUUAACGAAAUGUUCAACUUUUUAGAUUUAUUCCUAAAAUUAGUAGUGCAAUGUAGAUUUUAAGACGGAUUCAAAUGGAGGAUAUUCUCCUACUCAUUUUGAUAGGUAAUAACCCUAAUGUGCAUAGGGUUUACCGUUUAUGAGUUAUAGCAGUUUAGACCGGUCUAGUAAGACAGUGAACUUAUCGUCUAAAAUUUGAUAUAAAAUUCAUUACUAAAUAUUCAAAAUAAUUACAAUUAUUUAAAAACGCAGAAAUCAAAUUCACUUAAAAUCCUUCGAGAAAAACGCUAUGGUUCAUGAUAAGCCUAUUAUGAACUUAUAUUAUCCUGUAUUGUUAUACAUGUAUAUAAUAUAGUAUAUUAAAACUUAAAUAUCGCAUUCUAUUUGUGCAUAUUUCAUCAAUCAAUCAAAUAAUAUCGACUACACAAUGGUUUAUAAGUUAUAUUCCGUGUUUAAUUAUUAACAGUACGAUAUUUUUAUUUAUUUAUUUUUUUAAUCUGCAAUAAUUAACUAAUAAUAAUGUCGUCCUAACCAUUUUUCUACCGUGAAUUAAAAUAUCGUCUUGGUAAAAUUGUCCAUUUACGGAAUGGAUAAAUUUCGAAAGAUUCGUUGGUAAAAUAGCCUAUCAGUUAAAAAUAUAGGUUUAAAAAAAUACCGUUUUUUCGAUUUCUUUGAUUAUUCUUUAAAAUAUAUGGGAUUAAAACAUAUUAUUAUAAUACACAGAUGAUUUUUGGCAGUUUUAAAAAAAAAAAUCGAACUUCUCGAACGCUUAAAGUAUCUAACACAUAUGUAUUUUUAUAUUCAGUUCAAGGGCACCCGCAAAAAUAUAUAAACCAAGGGUGGGCAAAGUCAAAAAUAUAAGACUUACAACUUACAAAUCAUUAUGGCUUAAAUACUUAAGCCAUGCAAGUUAUAAAAUAAUUAAUAUUUAAUAUUAACUAAAAUAGCGGGAUGGGGGAAUGGCCCCCACCGACAUCCUCCUGCGGACGCCCUUGAUUCGAUUUUAAGUUAUAUUUAAUUUAUCAAUUAUUCAUUUGAAUAACUAAUCAGUUAUAAUAAUGUGCCACAUUCAGCGCGUGAACCCAUUUCCAAAGUUCCGAAUGACAUUUCUAUAUCUGAUAUGUUAUUAGCUUGAGUGUAUAUAAUAUAAUAGUUUUGAUAAUAUCUAUAGAUAUCGUUUUGAAUAAUUAAAUAAAAUAAUUAUCAAGUGUCCUAAUUUCAGAAUUUAUGCGUGCAUAUACGACAUACAACUUACAUACGUAAAAUAUGGAUUUUAUUUUAUUGCGGAAAAAAAUAAUUAGAAUUUAAAAAGUUGAAGUGGCCUUCGGUGUACAUAAUAAUUUAAAUAGGGAAAAAAUGCCAGGUAAAUAUAAGCCAGGAACAACUACUGGCGAGUAGGGAAUAAUAUAAUAUAUUUCACGUAAUACUUGCUUUUUCAACCGAUUAAAAAAAAUUAUAAUGAAACGAAUAAAUAUAAUUUUUUGUAAUUCUAUCACUCUAAGGUUACAUUUCGUUUAUUCAGAAUAUUAUGUUGUAUUUUAUCAAAGUAUAAUUUUUUUUUUAUAUAAUUAGAACGCGAUCUUCUAUGCUGUAAUUUUAAACAGUUAUACUUUACAUAUACAGGCAUUUGAUAUUAAAUCAAUCGUUUUGUAAAAUAUAUAACUAUAUAGACAUUUUAUAGAUAGACAAUUUUGUACCUAUAUAUUAAAUGAGUCUGUCAAAGGUUUUGCCAUUAAUUAUUAUGUACCUAUAAUCGAAUAUCAGUGUUGCGAAUGAAUAUGUAACAUUUUAAAUUAAAAACGAAUCGUUUAUUAUUAUUUUUUUUUUCUUGUAAAUGUACUUAAUAUAUGAAGCUAUAGGUACGAAAAUAAUGCCAUACUAACGAGGUUAUUAUUUUUUUUAAAUUAUUUUCAAGGUGAUACUUGCAAAUCACACUGUUUACCUAAAAAUAUUCUUAUAUAUAUAUUACAAUCUGGUAUUAUUUUUGAAGAUCGAAGAUAAAGUUAUAUUAUUGUAAAAUAAUAUUCCUAUUACGCGUACGAGAAAUAUCGGAAAUUUUUACAUACAUACAUAUAUAUAUAUAUAUGUAAAAAGUUAAAAAUAUUAGUGAUUUAGAAAAGAAAAAAACAUAUUUUUGGCUACGUGCAUGAAAUAGAAUCGUUCAGUUUGUGUACACAAAAAAAAUACCAAGUUUAUGUCACAUAAUAUUCUAAUACGACUUAAAUUCAGGAAAAAUGUUUUAUCCUUAUAUACUGUUUAUUAUAUAAAUUAUAUUAUGAUGAUAGUGUUCAGCACAACGAUAAUAGGAACAAAAGGUUAACUCUUAAAAUGUUAAAGGCAUUAGUACUAAAAAUAUAUAGUAUUCUACGAGUAAUUGCGUUUACUUAGUAUAAUGAAAAUUAUAUUUAUUAUAUAGACGUUAAAAGCUAUAUUAUAGUUUUAUAAAACUUAAAAGUAUAAAUAAGCUUUUAGUACUUUUUUUUUUUUUAUUUCAGAAAUUAAAAUAAACAAUUCAAGCAAUUCGUAUAAAACGUAAUUACGUUUUAUAUAUCAAGUAUAUCAUCGCGAAAAGUAAUUAAUCGCGUUAAUCUAAUUCAUUUAUUUUUAUAUUUUGUUAAAUCCGCGGAUAGGUAUAAUGCCUACAUAAUAUUAUAAUAAUAAAUCAUCCUUGUCCGGAAACUAUAACUAUAGUUCAGUCGUGUUAGAAAAAAAAAUAAACACCAACGUUAAAGUGUAGGAACGAUCAAAGAUACGCCUAUACAUUACAAUAUUAUUUUUGACGAUUGCUAAACGUUUCUGGAGAAAUAAUCAUUUUAAUGUUUUAUACACCAAACAUAUAUAUAUAUAUAUGAAUACCUAAUGUUGUAUAUUUUUACUAAAAAUUGCAUAUUGGUUCUUAGUGUGUUGUUAAAACAUCAGUUUUGAAUACACACACACACACAUACACUUAUUUUAGAUUCGGAACGUAGAGAAAAAUGUAUUGGUUUUACAAUGAUGUGUAUUAUUAUUAUUAUUUUAAUUUUUAUGCUGUAUACAAAAUGUCUAGCAUUUUGUGUAGCACUUUUUCUGAACGGAAAUUUUAUUUAGCUGUUAUUUUCAAAAAUGUCAAUUUUUUGAUUUUCAAAGCGGUUUUCAUAAGAAUUUGGAAAACUCAUAAAAAAAGUUGGGAAAAUUUGGGGAUAAACGGACAAAUUUCUAGGGCGUCACGAAUUCUUUUAUUUUAAAUUUGCACGGCUUUUGUUUUCUAAGGUUUAAAAAACGGCAAAAACCCUUUUUGUCAAUAUUUUAAUCUAGUUAAUGAGUAAAAAUGUCGUUUUUUGAUUGAUUGGGUAAUAUCAAAAAAAAAAAAACAAAAACAAAAAACGUAGAAAUAACGAGAAAAUUUACGAAAAUAAUGCUUCUAUGAUUUUCAAUUUUGUUUUUGUUUUUAUUUUUUUUUUUUGUAAUUCAAUUUAAAAUAUUCGUAGGGACUUGAAAUUUGGAUCGACAAGUUAUAUUUUCUUUUUCCAGGCGUGAUGAAAUCUUCAUAACAUUUAAGUGAUUUUUGAGCUAUUGCUAUAGACAAUAUAUAAUCCCUAUAUUGGAAUUAUUAUUUAGAAUAUGCAUAUAUAAAUUACGAAAUCAAUGCGAUUCGAUUGAACGUAGGACGAAACUAAUAUUAUAGUCAUAACUAUUAUAAUUAUAUGCGAGAUUUGCGUAUAACAAUCUUGUGCAACUCUAAGUACCACAAUAAACACUGGCGGGCUUAUCUAUAUGAACUAGCUCUGAUUCAUGUAUAAUAAUUAUACGUAUUUUAGCCGUAUCUCGGUUUGUCCGUUUAGGUUCCUUAGUGUGUGACUGCGCAGUUCAAUCGAAAGUUUUCUCGAUCGAAACAAUAUUAGAUUAGUACCUACAUGUAAUAAUAUUCCAAUGGGUUUUAAUUUUUUUUUUUUUUUAUUUCCGCAGGUGCUUCCAUCGAAAAACUAUGCGAAGCCGUGUUUGAAGAUUCGAUCAACGAUCGAGCGUCAGUUAUAAGAGCUGCCCGAUGCUUGUUGAAUUCCGUUACCAGAGUUUUAUUGUUAGCCGACGUAGUAGUUGUGAAGCAACUGAUUUCAGUUAAAGACAAGGUACGUAAUAUUAUUAUAUACAUACUAUUGUUGGCUGUAGAUUAGAGACGAAAUCGGAUUAUUUUUUGCCCGAAAAACCAAUAAUAAUUGCAGUAUACUCGCGAUAAUAUCCCUUCGGUCCUUCACAUAAUUAAAGUUUAUUCAUGUAACUACGUAAAUACGUUAAAUUCAUAUACGUAGUUAAAUAAUCAAUUUGUAUUUUCGGCAACGACAGAGCUAAGCUAUAGAUGUGCAAAGGUUUCCCUAUCCGAAAUUCUAAACUAAACGAAUUAAAUUGUCGAUAUCAAUACGCAAUAGUUUAGUUAUUUAGCUGACUCGCGAUGUCAAAUAAAAGUUUUAAGGGGCUUCGUUGCAACAUAUUUUGUUUUCUUUGUCUGUCUCACACGUAACAUAAUAUACUAUGUAGCAACAAAUGUAUUCCGCACUUCCACGAUUGCGAAACUGAGGUUAAGUUUAGAGCAAAAGGACAUAAUACUAAACAUUUUAUAAAAAUGAGUACCUAUUUACUGUGGCUUGUACGAAUGAUUCGUUUAAUAUUUUAAUUUUUUUUUCAACCAAAAUUAUAUGCGUUUUUCAAUUUUUUCAUAAUUUUAAUCGUUAACAACUUAAUAAGAAAUGAAAAUUACGAAGAAAAAAAACCACCCGUAGAAGCCAUAGCAUGCUACUCUUCUUUGUAAAGUUCAUAAAACAGGAUCCUUUAAACUAAACUCCACACGAGAGUCGUAAUCAAGGAAAUGCGGAAUGCGCCUUUGUUGCAGAACUAUAUUACUCACGAGACGGAACAGAGAAACAAAAUGUUGUUACGAGGCCUCUUAAAGAAAAAAAAAAUUGUCCAUAUAGAUACCAUCGCGUAGCGAAAAGCGAAAACCGUGAAAAUUCACGACGGAAUAUUACGAAUUAUUAUUUUGGUGUACUAUGUCAUUUUCACUAGAAAUUUUGAUCGAAAUAACUUGCGCGAAACAUAAUAUUUUUAUUUAUCCAAAAAAAAAAAAAAUUACCGUAUUUUCGUAUUUUUUUGCUCUGACAAACUUGUAAUAAUUUCGUAUAAUAGUUUAAUCUCGUACAAAUUGUACGGAAUAUUUCUAUUUUUGCUUUCAUUUGCCUCAUUAUAGUACUAUAUCGGUUGUCGCUGUACACUGUAUUACACGAUGAAUUUCUACCGAAAAAGGCCUCUAAAAAACCGCUAUAUUCUAUAAAUAUUUAUACGUAUAUUUUUUUAUUAUUUCAUUAUGUCUGGUAUAGGUAGGAAUAUAAAAUCUCUCUCGGAUGUCAUUAAUAAUUUUUACUCGGUAAAAGUUUUUUUUUUUUUAAACUAAGUAUAACAGUAUAAAAUUAAAAUUAAUUUUUAAACAGAGUAUACCAUUUUUUUUUUUUUUUUUUUACUGCCAAUUAGAAUUUAUUAUGAAUGAAAAUAAUAUAGUGAAUAGGUAUAUAUAUAUACAUAUAGAAGGAGGUAUAUUGAAUUAAACAAGUCAAUCCGCUUUAUAAAAUCUGUUUUUUAUUCGUUUAUAAUUUUAAUACCAAUCAUGGGCGUCCUUCGCGGAGAGACAAGAGUGUCACACGCCCACUUGAAAAAUGUGUUCUAUAUCUACUAGAUUUUUUUUUUUUCCAAUGUUUACAAUGGUCUUAUAUUUAUAAGUUAUCGUGUAUAUAGAGGGGGAAAUGUUCAUAUUUUAUAAAAUUAAUAAGGUACAAUAUUGCGUACUAAACAUAGCGCAUAAAUGUCGAUUUUUCGUUAAUGCAAUUUAUUAUAAAAUUCUACAAGUUAUUUUUUAAUAUCGAUGAGUUGUUGGCACGGAUAAAUAAAAUGAGCACAAAUUAAAGUAAUAGCCAAAUCAAAAAUGUCCUUGCACCAAAAUGGCGAGAAGAAAAUAUGACUAAAAACAAAAACGGUCUAAAGAAAAUGUAUGGGAUGAAAUUUUGUAAAUAUACGAUAUUAAGAGCGACGUGCCUUUCGGGUGUUUCAACCUACACACCUAUUAUUUUUGGGAUGUAAUUUCAUCAUGUCUCUUUUUAGAAUUAUUACAAUGAUAGUAUAAAUGUAGUACAUUUUAGUAUUGUAUAAUUAUAGUAUCCAGUUAUUUACUGUUUAGCAAUGAAUAUUUCAUAAAAUUCUACUCUAGUGACGGAGCUCUGCUGUUCACGAAUGGUUUUUUUUUUUUUAAUACAUCUUCUAAUUAUGAUUGUAGGUAAAUAUUAUAAUUAUACACGUAGAUAAUUUGAUAAUACGAUAAUAAUGAACACUAAUGUUCUGUACUAGUAGUGUUUCUAACGAGCACUAACACCACAACGGUACUCAGAUUUAAAUUUAUUUUAAAAAUUGAACAUCGAUUUUUAAUAUUAUCAAUUUUAUUUAGUUACCUAAGCGUAAAAAUCAAAAAACAUCUUGCUUGAUCUCAAUAUUGGACAUAUUAUUUUAAAAUUCGCUGUACGUUUCCUAAUAAAUUUUUUACUCGUCAUUUCCAAUUAUAUGUUUGUUUUUUUUUCUUAACAUUAUAAAACGCAACUUUAUUUUUUAAAAAUAUAAUGUUAUUGUUUAUGGUAAAUAUUAUUACUAAAGUACCUGCGGGACGUUUAUUUUUUUCAACAAGUUUUCUGUCCCUAAAAAGGCUCAUAAAAAAUAACUAUAAAUAAUAAAACAACACAUCAUACCGUUGUAAAACGCGUAUAUAAUGUAAUCUGCGUAACUUCUGCUCAGAAUCGAACAAAUAUAAAUGAUACUAUUACUACGCAAUGCCAAUAGCUCCAAUAACAACGCUAAAUAAACUGAAAAUAUUUAUUAUUUUUUCAUGUCCUUGAACUUUACUAGACGUUUUCGUUCUGGCAUACACAUAGGUCCUUAUUUUAUGAAACGUACACCAAACAAUUGAACAAAAAUAUCAGAAUUUUAUAAAAGCAUAUUUCUAUUACUAUUCUUUUUAUAUUAAAUUUUUAAAUGCUUGAUUUAAUUUUAUAAUACUACUUUAAUAUGAAAUUAUUAAUUCGAAUACGGAAUAUAUUAUUAUAUUGUAAUAUGGACAAUCCGCGAAGAUUAUUUGUACUAUAAUUUAAUUAAAUUUUAAUUAAGCUGCCUGCGGCCGGUAUAUACCUACGUCAUAAAUCUACCUAAGUAUUAUAUACAGGUACUUAAUACGAAUUUAUUCUGCUUUUUAAUCUCGCACUUAAAAAAUUUUAGAAACCGUAAAACUAACCUAACCGUAUUAUGCUAAAAAAAAAAUAAAAAAAAAAAAAACUUCAAUAUAUAUACGCACAUAUGUAUAUAUUUUGUAAAAGGUAAAAUUACCGGGUCGGUCACCAUCUAUUAUAAUAAUAUAUAAAAACUAUUAUUUUCAAAACCACACAUUAAUCCAGAUAAUAGGAGUUAAUUCGACAGUAGGUAAUAAUAAUCUUUAGGGAAAUACUAUAUAAUUAACAUUUUUAUUUUAUAACCCGAGAGGUAUAUGUGUGUGUAGACUAUAUAAACAUUGAAUUUUUCACGGGUUUCACUCUAUAAUUGUUUGCGAUAAUAAUCAAAAAAUCUUUUAACAUCAUUUUCUAGUUCUUUUUGUGGAAUUUUCAAAAUGUACAUACGUCUGAAAAAAACUGUAAUUUAAUAAAUGAUAAACAUAGGUAUUAAAUUAUACCAUAUCGAUUCGACAACCAACAUUGCUUGAUAAUUUGUUUUUCUUUUGUUUUAGUGUCCGAGUGCGGGUCAUCGUUCUUUUUUGCAUGCGCACGGCCCGUACUAACCAAUACAGGGUGUCUCUACCGUGUGUGUCCCGGUAUAUACCCAGCACCCUUGAAUUGGCUCUCCAAAAUGAAUAUCUAAUUAAAUUGGCUUCCAAACGCGUACAAUAAUAUCAUUUAAAAUGGAAUUCUUAAAGCAGAUUGACUCGAGUAUUCGUUGCAUAUUCAUAAUUUUUUAUAUCCCCCCCCUCCAUAUAUACGAUUACUACAAGAGAAAUGGAUUUGUAUUAUCAUUUGGCAUAGUCAUAGGUCCAGAAGUAGGUAUAAUGAAUAUAUUAUUUGACAUCAUUUUUUUAUGAAUAUCUGAAUAUUGGUAUAUUAAUAUUAAUUUUUUAAAUUAUUUCGCCACUCCCCCCCCACGCAAAGAUCUGGAGACGCCCCUGAUGUAAGGGAUCUCAAAUUCCAUAAUAAAAUCUUGGGAUUCAUUUCAAGUUACUUUUUAGUUUUUAAGGUUAAAAUAUCGACUAUCUGCAUUUAGGAGCCAUUAUUUAAUUGUCCUGUGAAUAUUGAAAUUUAUUUCUUUAGAAAUCCGGUUUUCGAAAAUUAUUUUUGUGUUUCAAGAGGGAUAAAAAGCUUUUAAUCAAUUGCACGAUAGAGGAAAGCUGCGUUCAUAUUCACAGAUAAUAAAAUUAAAAAAAGUAAAAUUUAAUUUUAAAAUCCUUUUUUUUCGUUUUUGAAAAAUUUAAGAGCUUUGUGGUCUUUAAAUGCAAAAUUAAUUUUUAAAAAUCAAACAGACAUGAAGUAAUGUUCUGUGAACCUUUCUCUGAUGAAACGUAUAAAAAUUCGUGCAUCCUGCAGCAAGCGUUUCCGUCGUUGUUGUAACCGCUUUAUUUUUCAGAAAAUAAAAAUAUGCGAUAUAUUGUUAUAAUAUUAUGGUGUUUUCAAUAUUUAUUGUUCAUGAGUUCUAAAGUAUAUAAAAAAGCUGAUACUGUGAAUGGGAACGGCCACCGUUGUAGGUGAGAAGUUGGGAAGGUAGGAUACAUAAGGUUAUUUAAUUUAUAUUUAUAAGGAACGAUAAACCAUGCUUGACUAAAGACGAUUCCGAGUGCAACUUAGUAAUACAUAAUUUGAAGUGCCGUAAUUUUUUUUUGCGAUUUUCGUUUAAAUAAACUUUAAUUGAUUUUAAAUCUAAAUCGAUUUGAUUUCAAAACGCUUAUUAAAAAAAUAAAAAAAAAAGUCAUCCGAUUAUUUUGAAAAUUUUACGACGUCUAGGUAAGUCCAGUAUAAGUAUUAUUACUAAGUUUAAGUUUUUACGUGUAUUUAUAACCGAAUUACACAAAAAAACUCCCAAAAAUUUAAAUUUCUUUAAAUCUCAAAAGUUUUGGCGAUGAUUCCAUAAGAAAUUAAAUCCAAAAGGCAACAAAAAAGGUUUCUUGUGAUUUUUCAAUUAAACUAUUUUUUCUGGUAGAAAAAUUCGUUCGUGUUUUUAUACAAUUAUAAAAUCAUGAAAUUGUAUAUUUUUCUACGUUUUUCCCAAUUAAGUGUUUUUAUUUAAAAAAUGGCGUCGAAAUUAAAAAAAAAAAAAAAAUGACUUCUUAAAAAUACAAUUUAGACAACUUAAACUUUGAGAAAAGGUGCUAUACUUAAAUAUUGGAGCUAGUUUAUUAGGAAAAAUCGUGUCCCCAGACUAGAAGAAAGAAAGAGGAAAAAAAAAUAAACAUAUUAGUAAAACCAAUAGCUCCCUCACUACGCUCGGAAUCUAAUACUAUUAUAACUAAGUGUGAUAUUUUUUUUUCCAUUUCGUUUAUUUUAAAGCAGUAUUUUUUCUGCGCAUCUCUCAUUCGUAAACAAAAAAAAAAAAAAUAAAAUAACAAAAAUAAAAAGAUCCAUUAGUAAUAAUAUAAGAUGAAUAUUACUAAUGUAUGCAUAUUGUAUAGGUAUAAUAUUAAUAAUUUAAAAAUGUAAAAAAAAACUAGCGCGAUACGAGAAAUGUCAAUUAACUGAGACGCGUGACGUUGUUUACGCCGCAAAAAUCUGAUGAAUAUUUUACGAACACGUUAUAUUAUGUAGUUUUAAUAAAUUAUUAAAAUAAUUUUUUUCAAACAAAUUUAAUAAUAUUAUUUUAGUUUUACUUGAAAGUUCAUUAUUUUUAUUUUUUUAUCCUUUUUUCUAUGUAUAGAUACCAGAUACCUAUUAUAUAUUAUAAUAAUUUCAAACGGCGUUGCAGUUUUUCAUUCAAUAAUCAUUGGCAUGUUCAGACAUAAUAUUAUUACACAAAUUUGCUUUACUAUUAUAACGCGACGUAUAAUAGACCAUGCAGAUUCAGUGACACUUGAAAAAUCGUUUUAUCUUUCCACACCGGCACCAGUUUUUCAAUAAACCGUAAACAAAUAUAUAUUGCUAUUGAGCCCCUGACCUACUCGCCUUGCUAUGUGAAUAUGCGUCACGUGUCCAUCUAUAUUGUAUUUGUAUACCACCUGCAUAAUAUUACCCUAUAAUAUAACGAAUAGGUAUACAUUCCGAGGUGUUCCCCUUAUUGAUUAUCAUCAAUGUAAACCUACCAACCAAUUUGUAGAAUAAAAUACAUUUAGGUACCUAAAUGUUUUAGAGAUUAUCUAUUGCAACGCAAUUUUCUUUUUUUACUGACUUAAAUAUUAGUUUUAAUCGAUAUUAUAUUAUAUAUAUAUAUAGAUAGUAUAAUAAUUAAACCUAACCGACUGAGUAUGAAUAAUCGUGAUAUUUAAUAUAUUUAAAAAAAAUACACGUGAGCAGUAGAUCAUCGUCACUAGAAACGAAUUUCCCCCUAAGCCGACUUUUUGCCGUUACAUUAUUGCAUUUUUUUUUUUUGUAUUGUUUUUUAUAAUUGAUUUAAAAUAGUUAUGGUUGCCACAGUCGCUUACUGUUAUUUAUAAUAUUAUAUACUAUAUACUUAAUUAAAUUAAAUUUGUAUUUAUUUAUGAUUUGUAUUCACUAAAAACCCAUUAACCCUUGCCUUAUAUCAUGGCCUACUACUUCUACAUCUUUUAAACUGUAAAAAGUAUCCUGUGACCUUCCGAUAAUGUGAAGGAAUCGAAUAAAAAUAGUUUCAUCAAAAUAGGUAAAGUAGUUUUCGAGAUUUUUAUUAACAUACAAACAAUGAUAGGGGUUUGAAAGUUGAAAACUUCAAAAGACACAUCCUUAAUACUUACAUCAUCUAUACAGAACGUUGCACGCUACUAACUUAAUUUGGGAGCCUAAGACUGUUUAAAGUUAAAAAAAAAAACACCCUCCUUCCGUAACACGAUGGUGCUCAUUAUUGAAAUUCAACUAUAACGUUAUUACACCAAUCCGUCUAAAAAAAAAUCUAAUCUCCCAGUUUAAGCUUAUUUGGUCAAGAUGGAGCCCGUAAAAGUGUCCACAGUGUCCGGUACAUUUGUACCGGAAAAAGAUAUACGGUUAACGGUUGAUGUUCAAAAUGAAAUUAUGUCAACUUUUCGUGGUUUAUUUGUAUAUAUUUAACGACCAAGGUCCAAUUGUAAACAGUAUAGUUAGCGCGAUGGGAAUAAUAGAACCGAUUUUGUGUUGCUAUUUUUAAUAUUACAGUUAAUUGGGUUAUAUUAUAUCAAACUCAAAGGCUAUGAAGACAUUGUUUGUGUGUGUGUAUAAGUUGGUUUUUUUCGCUAUUUUAAGUUUUAAACAAGAUAUACGAUGAUUUUUAAAUAUUUCAAAUAUUCUCUUGAAAUUUAAAUAUCAGAAAAAAACUAACGCACAAAAACGGAUAAUAUUCUACAAAAUCGGUGAUAAUACUGACCAAAAAUCUGAUAUACAAAUUUCAACAUAAGCCGUAACAUAUAUAUAUUAUAUUAUAACAGACACAAAUACUACAGCGCAAUAGACUCUAUUUUCGAAGAAAAUCCUACAAAAAUGCAACAAAAGUUUAAAAUAAAUAAUAGUUGGAAUAAAAAUAAAUACAAUAUUGCAUAAUAUACUAUUGAAAAUAAUAAACAGAUAGUUAAGGUAAGGUAGGUGCAUUUACCUAUAUUAUAUUAGUAAACGGUCACUUUGUACGGUCCAUCGUUUAAAAUGCAGAACACGAAUACUUUAUACGAUCAUGUAGAUUGUAAAAUACGGACACUUUGUAUACUAUUGUAUACGUGUUAUAAACAUAUAUUUACAUAUUCUACUCGUAUAUAUUGAUUUAAAAAAAUAAAUAUAAAAGUCAUCAAAAAUUAAAUUGAAAACAAUUAAUUAAAAACUACGAUUAUAAUAAAAUUGAAUUUAAAAAUUCGCAAUUCGUUAAUUUUGUUUGCUUAUGUUAAAUACAUUUUAUUAUCGAUAAUAAUCGACGGUUCGGUCCUAUUUUGAAUGUAAAAUGCCAAACUAUGUUUAAAUAUAAUUUUUUAUGACUUGUUUGUGUAUAUACUUUAUAAUAUGUACCUAAUUUUUGACAUGAUCACUUUAAUGAUAACAAUUUUCCACUGAACUAGGGUUCGAAAUUCAUUUAAGGGGAUGUGGGGAUGAUAUAUUUACAAACAAAUAUGUUAUGCGUUUUAUACCGAAAAACCAGACAAAAACUUUAGUAAUUGCGUUUGAUGUAUUUCAGUUUUUAAAAUGUGCGAAUCUAUGAUUCUUUAGGUUCUUUACUAGAAUACGAUUUAGUUAUUUUUUAAAUUUUAAUUCUCUUUAUCAUAAAUUAAAGGCAAAAUACGUUAAGCUUAUUUUUGAAAAUUGUUCAACGAUUUCCAUAUAAAUAAUUACAACACAAAGUAAAAAAUCAUACAUAAUCCGUUUUCAAAAUCCGUCUAACACAAUUCUCACAGUUUUAUCUGGCUCUUAGUUCUGAAUCUACUAAAAUACAUGCUGUAUACAAUCUCCCAUAGCGAAAUAUCGAAUAUUAUAUUCAUAUCAGGUAAGUAAUUCUAUGAAAAUAUAAAUUAAAAAUUCGGUUUCGGUAUUCGGAAUUCGAAUCAACAAUGUCGGAUUUCUAAUUUAAAGGGUGCCUUACGAUGUACAAACUGUCAAAAUAGUAUAAUACAACUAUACAGUUGACAUACGUCAACGUGUAUACUCUAAUAGCGAUGACUUUUUAAUUAUUUAUUAAGUCGACACGUUUAAUUUCAGGUAUCACGAAGUCUGGGCCGUCUGGAAGGUGUCAACAAUUUCACGGAAUUUGUGAAAGCAUUCAGUCACUUUGGCACUGAAAUGGUAGAGCUAGCGCACCUGACGGGUGAACGGCAAAACGACCUGAAAGACGAACGGCGGCGAUCUCAGAUUGCCGCGGCCCGACAGGUACUCGAGCGGUCUACCAUGUUGUUGUUAACUUCGUCCAAGGUGAGUUUCGUUAGACUUACACGGAACAAACAUCAUGGUCGGAUUAAGGGUCCAAGUGGGGGGGGCCUCCCGGGCAGAUCAUGAAAUAUAUGUUUAAUUUAUAUAAAUCGUCUUUAUAUUAUACAUUUUUGUACAAUAAAAAUUGUCAACAAUAACAUUUUAUACAUACGAGUGUACACCUAUAUAAAUUAUGACAAAUGGGCCCUUUAAAUCAGCAGGCCACGGAGGCGUUCCCUCCCUGGGGGCAUUUCUUCACGAAUCUGAGCUUGGCAAAUAUUAUAUUAUACGCACCGGUAUCGUAAUGGCUACCUACUUUUUCCCUCCAGUGACAAAUGUCCACUAGGUCCUAAUUAUUAGGACAUACAAAUAUCCGCUGGAAAAUAGGCCUGCUAUAUUUUAAAUUAUAACUUAUGUUCCCGUACAAAAUAUACCGUAAAAUAAAUUACAUGAUAAGUAUACUACUCUACUUUACGACUAAGUUUUACAAAUUAAUUAAAAUAGGUGUUCUACGACGGCUGUAAAAUAUAUUUUCUUGUAUAAUAUUCUAGUGUUUCACUGUCAUCAAGUUCACGAAACGAAUUAUCUAAUACUCAAUUACCACAGUAUUAACAUUUUUUUUAAAGAACAAAAUAAGUACAAAUCUUGACUUUGGAAUGCACUAUCUAAUACUUUGGCGAAUCGUUAACAUCGAACAUAUAUUUGAAUUUUAUUACAUUUCAUUUUCACGUACGUAUUUCGGUUUAAAACCACCCGGUCGGAACAUUGGAAAUUGAUCGAUCAGUACAUCAACAACAAUCAACACAUUGACAAUUCUCACACCACAGACCUAUUUGACAGUUUUUCAACUGAAUAAUUUUCACCUGGAUAUUUUUAUCGGAUAUCACCUCUGAAUGAUAAUAUAGUACAUUAUAGACCCACGUUUCGUUAUCACAAUGGAUCCAGGAUAUUUUACGGUACAAAUUAUUUUCUCACAGAACGUUACUAUAUAGUUGUCUUUUGGCGAUUAACCUGGUUAUGUUCGUUAUCGGACAUGGUAAUGAUGAUUUUCGUUUAUGGUUAUAAAUUUGUCAAAACGAUUUGUUUAUGGUUAUUAAAAAUAAUAUUAAUUUAUAAUAGUCAUAUACGUUUUUAAGCAUUUAAUACUUAAGCCUUAGUAUUUAUUUAUUAUUUUUACUAUAUAACUGUUUUUAAAACAUAGAGAUGAGCUAAAAAUUUAGCCAUUAUUGUAGAUUUGAAUAAAGUAUUGGAUAUAUCGUUACACGUUAUUAAUAACUAAACAUCAUAACCGUUUUUAAUGUUCGGUUCUGAUAUUUCAUUAACGUACAACCAAAAAUGUUGACCAAAAUAGCCGAAACGACUUGUUUGUAAAAUACAGUAAUCACGUUACAUUUGGUCAUCCGUCGAAACACGCCUUAUAUUUUUUGGUUUGCGCUGUAUCAAAGAUACGAGACUUAUAGACGAUGGUCACGGCCGUUACCUACCGAUAUUACCGUGUUAUAUAGGAACUCGUCCCGGGCAACCUAACCUAACCUAACCUAACCUAACCCAGACGGACUGGAACCGUCGUCAUUUACCAGUCGUUAAGCGUUUUGUGUACGGCAACGGUGGGCGGGCGUUUGUACAGUUUUCAGCCGAUAUCGAUAUGCGCGCAGUCGUAUAUUAUACCGUAACAAUAUUAUUGCGUGUCGCAGGCGUGUCUGAGGCACCCAGACAGCUCGGAGGCCAGCCAAAAUCGAGACACCGUGUUCUGUCAGAUGCGCAGGGCCAUGGACCUGAUCCAUUACGUGGUCAAAGACGGCGUGAAGGAGAGUGGCGGCGAGCCCAUGGCCCUGACACCGUACAUAUCAGAACAAGACGGCGGCGACACACUUGGCCACGCGCUCAACGUCCUGGACUCGUUCGUCGACAUGACGAGGUAUAUAUACGUUUUUCUUUUUUAACACGCAUUUAGACUUACACAGAAGUUGCCGUCGUCGUCGUCGUCGUUUAGAUGUACAAUUUUAUGCGUACGGUGUACACACACAUGAUAUUAUAGCCCGUUGGUCCGUUAACAUCGCGUAGUCAACAUCUCCUGUCUACCUACCGCAACGCAGUUAUCGUUGCCCAGUAUUCGGCGGUUUAUUUUCUGUCUGAAAUUCCGGUUUCAACGAAAGGUCGAAAAGAAAAUAUAUAUAUAUAUAUAUAUUAUAUACAAAAAAAAAAACCUAACCGAAACAAUCCAAACCGUUUAAAUUUAAAAAUUUAAUUUUAAAUAUUCUAAUAGCAUACCGCCGAAAUGUAUGACGGGUAUACAAAGAUAACGUCAUGAAUUUAGUUUUGUUGUUUUUGUACAUUUAAAUGUGUAAUAAAUUACAAAUUCGUAUUUAAAACAAGGUUCAAUAUUGGGUGUAUAAAUAUACGAACAUUUUUAAACGUUAUUCAAUUGGUUUCGGGUUUUUUUUUUUUUUUUUGAUAUAGGUGUACUUUAUUUUAUUUUUUUAUUUAUUUUUUUUUUUUGAUAUUAUAAUACAAGGCACAAGCUAUUCGCAUUUCGAAAUAAAAAGCUUAAAAUUAACGUGUUCGUUUGAAUCUUGUCUCUUUAUUUUUUGCUCGGGUUCUCUCGGUUUUCAAUACACUCUUGAACUGAGAAUUUCGAGAGUAAAAUUAUUUAUUAUUUAUGUAACAAUAUUCUGGUAACCAUUUUCUUAUUAUAUCGAAUUAAAAAGCCACCGGACGAAACUUGUUAAGUAAUUUUCUGCUUCCAAGUGUUUCCUGAGAAAAAUAACAGCCAUUAUCGUUGCAAAAUGAAAUGUCUUUGUAUAAUUUCCUCACUAUUUUAUGUAUUCAUAUAAAACGUAUUGCCCAUGCGCACUUAAUGUUUUAUAAUAUUUAAUUUAUAAAGAACUCUAUUACAAUAACACUAAAAAUGAAAUUGUUAUACCAGUAUAGGUAGCAUCUUCCGUGGCUUUUUUUACAUUUUUAUUAUUAUUUUUUUUUUUUUAUUGCAGUUUAAAUUAAAUUAGCAAUUGGGAACAUACAUUACAUAGCAUAACCGUUAUAACUAACGGAAUUGCACUAAAACAACUAGCGAAGUUUCUGAUCCUUAUUUCAAGGUUCCUAAUCCUCUAAUUUCGUCCGACGCCGUGGCCGGGAUAAUCUUAUAUGGCGCACCGAGUCACCGUAUUAUACUCACUCGGAAAAUUUAAAACCGGGCUAACUUUCCGAGUCGGUGUUCGCUAGGUACUUAUACAAUUAUAUAUAUUUCAGCAUAUAAUCCUCGAGUAAAAAUAAAAUACGCAUUUGUACACGUAUACGAGAAUAAAUUAACGUUGAUAAUGUUUGACUUUAUAGCGACAUCAAAACGGUAUACUAUUAUACAAUCGUUAUAAACGAUGAGCUUCACGAUCAGUAUAUAAUGCGUACGAUUUUAUGUCGCUCAUCAGUUCGUAAGCAUAAAAAAUAAAAAAAAAAAAAUGUAUUAUGCAUAAAUUCGGUACGCGUUUAAAUUUGACUUUGUGCUUUUCGACUAAAAGCGCAUAUUAAUGUUGGCGGGGUGGAUGUGACGACUUUACUUGUAUACUUUCUCUUUCUCUCUUUAUAUAUAAUUCGAUUUCCAACUCAUUUGUCUUUCGUAAACCAUUUCUCCUCGACUCGAUGUUCUUUAGCCGUUGAAUUUUUUUAUUAUUAUUCAAAAAUGUAAAAAUCUACCGCUUACAUAUUAUAUGUAUAUUGAAGAAAAACUGUCAAACUAUCGUUUCGAAGUGUCGUGCACGCGUAUAGUUACGCGGGGCUCAUUAAAAAGCGAUUUGUCUGUCCUCGCCCCGAUUGUAAAUCCCUCGUCCUGCUUACGAAUAAGUACGACUAUCGCCUCGGCCGCCGCCUCCGCUGCCGUAUUUAACAAUAUCGCGUGCCUUUAUGUCCGCAGGCUGACACUUGUCCUGGGCGAAAAGGAAACGCUUUUGCGUACCAUGGACGUGAUCAUGGAACGCACGCAAGACUUCACGGACAGCGCAUACACCAGACACGAACACCGGGAAAAUAUAUUGACACUGUGCGAUCGUGUCAAAACUCAUUUGGAUCAGUUGAUCCGAGCCGGAGCCAGACUGGUAAGAAUAUAUUUUUAACUUUGAGUUAAACAUGUAAAUUUUACACGUAUAAUAAUAAAAAAAUGAUUAGUAACUACGCACUGGUAUUUGGACAAUGCUUUAGAUAUAUUUUUGGUAUUUAUUAACGUCAUUUCGGUAGAUAAAUAUCAAGUUAUAGCAUUCGUUUACAUGACCGAGUGUGACUAGGUAUGUUUGAAAGUUUCAUUUAAGUAUAAUUCCUAACUUGUUAAACACAAGAAACUCAAAAUGAUAAUAUUAUUAUAAUAAAUACCUACGCAUUCUACGAAAUACUGCGAAAUUAAACAUCGUAUAUUGUGUUUCAAAUAGACAAUGAUGUAAAACACGCUAACGAACACUUUUCGAAUCACUUUGAGUGUCACGUCAACACGAAAUACGACUUUGUGUAAAAUUGUAAAUAAUAUUCCACAUGAUAGGAAGUAUAAACUUCUGUAUAAAUAAUAAUAUUUCACAUAAACUAGAGCACCGAGUGAAAUACCUAUAUACCUACGUACUUUAUAUAAUAAUAUUAAAUACAAUUGAUUUACUAGGUAGCUGAGAGUGGCUAAUUUACGAUUUGGAAUAGAUACAAAAUAAAAUGCUAUAAAAACUUUUUCUGUACAUAAUUUGCCUACAACGUAUACAAAAAAAUGUUUAAUUCCAAAAUUUGAAAAAUUGAUUCGUUUUUAUACGCGUUUUGAAAAUCAAUAUUCUGAAUUUCAUAAACCACCGUGGAACAUUCUAUAUACUGGAUAACGUGUAGAAGGGGAAGUAUACUAUACCUAUUACCUAUAUUUAAUUUCCGAAUCAAUAUACUUAAUAUGCUUGGGACUUCGUGUUUUUCUAAUUUGAAAUUACUCUUUCUCUCAUUGAAUCUGUACAAAGACGUUCCUCUGUGCAAUGAGAUGUUUCUAUAUGAUAGAAAUAGAUUUUUAAUUCAAAUAUAAUAUAUAUAUAUAUAGAAAUAUUUAUUGAUUUGACAUUGCUGAUGGAUAUGCCAAUGUUAUAGGUAGGAAGUUAGAAAGAUAGGAAACUUACAGUUAUUCUAUUUAUAUCUACAAGCAACAAUACAUUAUUGCUAAUGAAAAACAAUUCUGAGCGAAGUUCGGUUAUAAGUACAUGUUUUGAAAUGCCGUAAUUUUUACGAUUUUCGUCAAAAUUUAGAUUUAAAACUCUUCUAUAAUUAAACUAUUACGUUAUGUUCUACUUUUAUUUUUAUCACUAAGUACAACUUCUAAUGAAUCUCUUCUUUAGAAAUGUAAAAUAACUACAAAUAGCAUGAAAAUAUUUUCAUAAUAUAAUUUGAAAAUUUUACCACGUCUAAAAAAGGCCAAUAUAAUUUUUUUUUUUAUCAAAAUUCCAAGUGUCUAAAAUAUAUUUAACUGAAUCGCAACAAAAAAAAAAAAAAAAAUUGAAAAUAAUGAAACCAUUAUUUCUGUAAACUUUCCCGUUCUUUCUACCAUUUGUUUUUGGUUUUGUUCGAAUAUUAAGAUAUUUAAACGAAAAAUCAAAAAACGACAUACUCAUUCAAAAUCCAAAAUCCAUCAAAAAAGGUCUGUUGUUGUUUUUCAAUCAAAGAUUUAUUUCUAGAAAAAAUAAAUCGUACAAAUUUUAAAUAAUAAAAUCAUAUAUGUCGUAAAUUUGUCAGUUUUCAUUUUAUGUCUUUUUCUAGUUUUUCUCAAUUAUUAUGAAAACCCCUUCAAAAAAAAAAAAAAACUCACCAACUUAUUCACCAACUAGAUUAAAGAUCUCUUGUAAUUUUUUGAUUUAAGCAAGAUUUUCGAUAGAAAACAUAAUUUGUAUAAAUAAAAUUCGAUUACGCCACGAUGCGUCGUAAAUAUUUAUCCGUUUUUCCUAAAUUUAAUUUUUGAUUUUCCACAAUUAUUUUGAAAACCUCUUUGAAAAUAAAAUGAUGACUUUUUAGUGUUCCAAUCAGAUCCGGAUUUCAAAAAGUCUCCUGUCAGUUUUCGAUCGGAACAAGAUUUCUGGUCGAAAAGUUGUUUAUAAAUAGAAAAAAUAAUACACACAUAAUAGUGAAACCAAUAGAUCUCUUACUACGCUCAGAAUCUAAAACAUAUUUUUUUUUAUUUUUUUUUUUUUUUAGGCCAAUUAUCAUAUUAAAGUAAACAGACACUUUAGCAGGAUAUUUUGUUCUAUAAAAGUUUUAUUAUCAUUAUUUUUAUUUUUUUAAGUAUAUCAGUAUAUUACUUAAAAUAACUGUUAAUAUUUUCUUGCGACCAACUAAAAUUGAGAUGCAGUGAGUGCAAACAGUAUUUUAAAUUCUGAGCGGAACGAGGAAUGUAUUGGUUUAAAAUUAUAUUUAUUUAUAUUUUAUUCAUAUAUAUAUUUUUUUCUGUGGACAACAAUUUUACCAGAAAUUUUGCUCCAGUUUUUAAGUGUAGCACUUUUUCUGAAAAAAAAUUGGACGGGAGCAAUGGUACUUUAAGAAUGUUAUUUUUAAAUUUUUUAGGAGUUUUCAUAAUAAAUAGAAAAAAACGGUAGAAAAAAUGGGAAAACGAACGAAAUAUAUUAUUUUCAAAUCGUAAAUAUUACGGCCUUUCAAAACAUGUAUAACUGAACUCCACUCAGAAUCGUUUUUCGUUGGCAAUGGUUAAUUCAUGUGUACAGAUAUACACUCAAUUUCCCUUCUACCUUCCCAACUUUUCACCUUAACAGUGGCCCACCCAUCGUGCAAAGUAUGUCCAUUUGUUUUUUUCUUUUCUCGUUCCUGUAUAUUUCGAUUACGGAGAUCAUUAUAUAGAAAUUCAAGGAAACCCAAAAGUAGGACGUAAUUAUAGUUACGUCAGAUGUGGGAAAUAUACGCGUAGGAGGAACGUCCCUUAUUACUUACGCUAAGUAACCAAACACCUAACCAGUAACCACAUGUUAACAAAUAAUUUAGAUAAUGAUGUAAGUACUGCAUUUUGAUUUAGUUAUGCCGAUAAUAAAAAAAUAAUAAGAACUUGUAAAUAAUAUUUUCCAUUAUCAUUUAAUCUGUAUUCUGUACUAAAAUUAUUCUUAGAAAUAUUACUGGUUUUAUCACAAAGUUUAAUUUUGUAUUUUUAAAAAUAUCGUGUGGUUUUCUUUUUAGUUCGUUAUCAUGUUAUCUGCAUGUUUUAUUUUAUUUUUUAUUUUAUAAUCUUUGGGUUUUCGAACGAAAGUUUCUAACAAACAUAUGUUUACUUAGCAUAAAGAUUUUAUACAAUUUGAUUAGGAAAGUUGUUCUGAAAUUAAAUGUAUAUAUUUUAUGCCAUUAUAUAUUCGUAAGUACUUUAGAUUCCGAGUGUAGGGUAUGUUAGUUUUACUAUAAGAUUAAACCUCACUGCGCUCAAAAUUUAAAAAAUCUGCAAUAUAAAAAUCUAUAUCUAUAAUAAAAUUGAAAUCGUUUUAGAUUUAAACGUAUUGGUUUUACUAUGAUUUUUUUUCUGUGAACAACUUUUCUAUCAAAAAUGUUGCUCUGAUUUUUAAAUAUAGCACUUUUUCUGAAAGGAAAUUUGAUUGGGUUGAUACUAAUUCUCUUGCCCCCCCCCUCUUAUAACAACAUGGUAAGCAAAUAAAUCUCAUCAAAAAUUAAAGCUAUCCAGACAACUUUCCUCAGUUGUCUCUACUUAAAUACGGCUUUGCUCGUAAUCAUUAUCGAUACCCAAUCACCGGUCAUUAUUAAUUUUUAAUUUUUUCCUUACAUCAUGAAAUACAAAUUUUACUUUAUGGAAGACUGCUUUCAACUCCUCACCAAUAAGUUCACGCCUCUCCGUUUAGGAAAGACUGGCUUAGGUUAUAGUCCUUAAAAGGUGAUCCAUUUUUGAUUUUCCCAGGAAUUUUCAUAAUAAAUGGAAAAAACCGGAAAAACGGGAAAUUUUACAAAAUGUAUUAUUUUUAAAUCGUAAAUAUUAUGACCUUUCAAAACAUGUAUAACUGAACUCCGCUCAGAAUCGUUUUUAAUUAGAAAUGAAUUUAUCUUUGCGUACUGUAGAUAUACAUUAAAUUUCCCCUUUACCUUCCGAAUUUCUCACCUAUAACAGUGGCCCACCGAAGUACACAAGUUUGUUUGUUUGUUUUUUAAUUACAAUGAUUUCUCGUUGUUUGUAUACAUAUAAAUUGAAUUACCCAAUAUAACCUUAUAUAGCAUAUAGUUGAAAAGCGGAGACGAUGGAAAAACCGCAGAGCAGCGCUAGAAACAAAUGCGUGGCGAUACGAACAUAUUAGAGUUCAUCAAAAAAGGUGUAAAUACCGUCGGAAAGACCGAGAAUGAAGCAAGAAGAUGUAGUCGAAAAGGACGUUUUAAGGGGCGGUCCAAGCUGGACGAUUAUGGAUUAUUGGUCUCGGAGGUCGAAUAAAUCCCAAUAUCACAAUGAUAAUUAAUAAUACCCAUACGAGUUAAAUAUCUUACGAAUUUUCGUGAUAAAUUUGAACCGUGUCCCAUAACUAUUCGUUGCAUACCAUUAUUAUAUUGGUAUUAUAUUAUAUAUUAUACGCCGUGUAUGAAAUACGAUAGUAUAUAGGUGGUAAUCGCGUAGGUUAAAUCGCGAGAGGGUCGAGUGGCGUUCCGAAGUGCUAAAAUGUUUGCGUUCAAUGCGGGAGAUGGGCAACAAGUUUGUACUUUGCUAUGCUGCGUCUAUUGCAGGCGCACACCAUGCGCGGUGUGUAUUGACGCAAAGGCCGGCAAAGGCGCGUGGAUAUAAUAAUAAUAAUAAUAAUAUACAAAAUACAAUGCAAUAUACAGACUAUAAUAAAUAAUAAAUAAUAAUAAUAAUAAUCAAUCAUUUUUUUGCUGUUAAACAUUUGUAAACGAUUAAACCGGCGGUGUAUUUCGGAUUCAUUAAUCAUGAUACUAUAAUAUAAUAUACGAAAUAAAAACGCAAAACAAAAUCCCCCCCCCCCGACGAAUAUUGCGUCCGAUAUUAGAAUAACAAAUCGGUGUGUGUAUAUAUAUACCAUGUAUGUAUUAUACAGUUAGCCUAUUUUCAUUACCCAUGUAUGCAUGUCGGUAGACAGAACUCGGUCAAAUGGAGUGGCUCGAAAAUUCUUACCGGGCAAUUAUUCAGGCCACUUUAAAUUUCUAACAUUUCUUGAAACCAUAUUGAUAGUUGCAUAGUAUACGACUAUCAUUUCGGUAUACAAUGCAUACCUAAUUACGAUUUCCGUUUAGAGGCGUAUAAAAACGCAUUUUCGAAACGCUUAUUUGUGGAAACGUUCAUCACCGUUUUAACACCCCUCCUAUACAGUAUCCAUCAAAAAACAGUUUUUUUUUUUUUAAGGGAAAUAUUUCAGCCAAAAUAGCAUUUACUACAAGUAAAUUACUGUACAAUGGCAAUGGCCAAUGACGUAUUAAGGACUUUUCAAGGGAAGGGAGGAAUGUUAAACUUGACUCUGACUUUAUUAAAAUGUUGCGAAAUACACAAUAAUUAUGUAGUACAGUUCCUUGUAUUUGGUUGAAUAAGUAGUGCAAACGUGCAAUAAUUAUUAUUUUUUUAGUAACUAGUUUAAUUACCUGGGUUUACCUUUACUACCUAUCGCAAUUAAUAGUUGUUGCUCGGUAAUUUAUCUUGUUUGACCGAGCCAACGAAAUUAAAUAAUAAUAACUGGUUUUUUUUUCACGCAUGUCACCAAGGUAACCCACGUAAAUCAAAAAUUAAAUUUCCGUUCCAAAUGUAUACCAAAAACUUUGUGUCAGUAAUUCUUUAGGGGUUGAAUUUUGAAACAAAAAGUUCACAGCGGACUGCAGCGUUUCAUCCAGACCGGAAUAAUAUUGUAAUUUGUAUAAAAUGAUAAUAAUCGAUCUUGGUUUUGUAUAUUAUACAAUAAACAGAUGUAGAUAAUUUUUAAAUUCUAAACAUUUUAAUAUAAUACUUUUUUUUUUAUGUUUAACACGGUCAAUGGUCAAUGAAUCAUCCUCAGCCACGCCCUCCUGAGUGAGCCAUUAUCAAUAGUAUAACUGUUUUUCCCUGUUUUAGCCUAAAUUACGGAAAUUUUAAAUAUUAAAUGAUAAAUAAAUACUAUUCUAAUUACCUACUAUAAUAAAUACUAAAACUAAAUUUAGUUCAAUUUUUACGAUGAAUAAUAUAUAAUUGUAUGAUUUAAAAUACGUUUAAAAUGUUUAACAAAUAAAACAUUUAAAUGACUUCCCAAAUGCUUCAACUAGACAAAAUUUGAUACCAAAAAACACCCAUAAAGUUAAUUAUCGAAAUAAAAUUUCUAGUAGAAAAGUGAUUUAUUGACAGAAAAACAAAAUAAAUGUGGAUUUAAAAAAAUAAAAACCGCAUCGCUCAGAAUCGAAAAAUGCCUGUACUGCACGUUGUCCGUGGAUCACUUGGGUUUUACUUCAUCUUUUGCCGAUUUCGGCACUAUAAUGUUAAUAAAAACCAAAACGCCCAACUGAAAUAAUAAUCAAAUGAAACAGUAUAUAGUCUUUUAAGAUUACAUAUGAUUGAUGAAGAAAGGCUUUUAAUACUUAAACAUAUUACAAACGUCAACUAUCAGUAUCAGAUUCGAUUACGAAUAUUUACGAGUACUUAACGAAAUUUCUACUAUGAAAUUCAAUGUAGAAUUAUUGUAGAAUUCAGAUAGGUAAAUCGUGCAAUACAUAGUAUAAAUUUACUAUAAUCCCGCUAUCAAUAAAUACAAAUCUAUACAAGGUGUAACAGGACUAUUUGACAUUUUUACAUUGUAGUUACAAGUAAAAAUAUCAAAUAAUACAGUUACACCCUGUAUAUCUCAUUUCUUUAUUCAGUAGAAACAUUUUAAUUAUCAAACAAUUUUUUUUUUUUUUUUUUUUAAUAAUAAAAAAUAAAACUUAAUACGGACCACUCAUAAGCCAACUCCCGAAUACUGUUGCAGGUGGGAAAUCGGGAAUAAAGAUACAUUAAGUUAUUUAAUUUAUAUUUGAACAUAACGAUAAAUCAUUGUUGACGAAAUACAAUUCUAUACGAAGUUUGGUUAAACGUGUUUUGAGAUACCGUAAUUUUUAAGAUUUUCGUCAAUUUGAAAAUGAACCUUUUCUAACAUUUUUGUUUGGCCAAACAAUUUUGAUCCAAAUAAAAACCAAAAAAACUCAAAAACGUCUAAUGCCUGUAAAUAACACAGCACAUAAAUUUCAAAAUAUUUUACCACAAAAAAAAACCUAAUAUAACUUACUUUUCUGUGAAAGUUUCAUGUCAUCACAAUAUUAUUUCUAAAUGAAUUACUACGAUAAAAUCAAAAAAAAAAUAAAACUGAAACCUCAGAAACCGUUAAUGCGUAAAGUUUUCUGUUUUUCUCCGUUUUUUCUCGAGUUUUCCCGAUUGUUAUGAAAACUGUUUGAAAAAUCAAAAAGAAUGACCUCCUAAACGCAUUAACCAGAUCUAAAAUUUCACAAAAGAGCUCUCCUGUCGUUUUUUUUUUUAUUGGGACACGAUUUCCGGCAGAAAAGUUGUAUACACACACAGAGAAAAAAAAGAUAGUUGAAUAAAAAUAACACAAACUAUAGCAAAAUCAAUACGUUGCUCGCUACGGUCAGAAUCUAAAACAGCAAUGAUUGAACCGGAUAAGACAUUAUUGUUUGUAUAUGUAUACAUAUGCAUGCACAAUAAUAAAUAGUAUUAUUCCUAGGUACUCUAGCCACUAUAUAUUUUAUACGUAUACAAAUAUGUAUACAUAUUUUUUCUUGAAUAUAAAAUUUAUCUCUGUCUGCGUAUACGCUAAAGUAUCUAUACAUACGAAAUAUUAUCAUUAUUGAUUGAAUGCGAUUUUUACAAAGAAAAAAAAAAUAAUAAAAUACCCGUUUCAAUUUGUUUUGCUACAUGCCAAUCGCACGGUUUACAAAUGUGUGCAUUUUUAUUCGUUCGUAUAGUAGGUCCGUAUAAUUCGUAAUUUGUUUAUAUAUAUAUUAUUUGGAUGGUAGUGUUGGUACCUACGUUUCAUUCCGUUGUAUUCUUAAUAAUUCAUUUUUUUUUAAAUUUUAUAUCUAAACUUCGUAAAAAAAUACACAAUUAAAUUAAAAAUCGAUGAAAUGUGAACACAUAGAUUUAGUAGGUAUAGGUAAUUAUCGAAACAAAAGCAACUCAAAACGUACGGAUAAAAUCAUUAACAAUAUAAAUUUAAUUUCGUAUAAAUUUAUUUGUAUAAAUAAUAUACGCUGUUAAAAUUAAAUAAAAAUUAAUUUCAGUAGCACCGUUAAUUACAUUUAAUUUAAUAAAACGGAAUUUUUUAAUUUUUUUUUUUUUUUUUUAAUUGAUAACCUUAAUUUUACUUUGGUGAUGUUCAUACAUACUUGUUAAGAUACGCAAAAAUAAAUAAUAAUAUAAUUUGAAUUAUGUAUCUGUAUGUAUAAAAAUAUAUACAACACCAUUAUGCUACACAAAUAUGUACCUACUACAAAUUAUUGUAAUUAAACCGAUUAUUUAAAUAUUAUUUAUUUACAUAUUAUAAUUCCUGUAUUAUUAAACCUGCCUACAUUUAAAUAGUAACAAAAAUGUAAUGACAUGUUUCUGUGUAUGGGGGGGGAGGGCACAUACUUAACAUAUUAGUAUAAAAACCACAAAUAGCAAUUGUCGAUAAAUUGAAAUUAAAAAUUAAAACAUAACACACGCGCACACACAAAUAUUGAAAUAUUGAUAAAAUAUAAAACAAUAUUUAAACUCGGAUUCCGGGGUCACACAGCCAAUCAAAUGCCUAACAUCGCCCUUGCGCAGUACAUUUACGUCUCCCACUACAAAUCCUUUUCCGGAACAUUUUUCAACAAUGUGUCUCAUGGUAUGGAGUUACCCGCAGCAGCCACAGUAUGGCGAAUCUUUUAAUUUCCAUUGUAUCGACGUUUCUAUUAUACCUACUUAGUAUAAUUAUAAUACAUUAUUAUACCAUCAUGAUAAUCAUAUUUUACUUGACUAUGCACUUAUUUUAUAACACCGUAGACGUGAUAAAAAAUGCAGCUAUUAAUCCAGGUUUUCGAAUGAUUUUUUUUUAAAUUGUAUUUCAUGAUUAAGAUAAAGUCUUCCAACAAAUGUUUAAUGUGGUACCAUCCUACGUUACGUAGGUAUCUAUACUGUCAAGGAUAUGAUAAAUGACAGUCGGAGUUUUCGGUAUGACCACGUCGUUAAAUUGGGAAUAGUAUUGUAUUUUACGAUAGAAUAAUGAACCGAAAUAGAAGGUUUAUAUUACAAUAUGAUGUCUUCCAUUUUGUUCAUAUCAAUUAUAUUGUAAAUUAAUAUAAUAUUGUUUGGAUAAAGUUUAUAACGUAACUUUUUAUAAUUUGUAUUUAGAUAAGCAAAUAUAAAUUAGUCUUGCUAACGUGAGUUUUCGAACGAUAACGUUUCGAAGAAAAAAAAUUUAUUAUACACCUAAACUGUGUACUAAACAUAAAUAAUUUCUUUGUGAAACAUUUCCAUUUUACUUUUAAAUAAUAUGACCAUUAUUUUACUAAAAGAAAACAAAACUUAACUUUUUUAUAAUCUUUGUACAUAAUUCAGUUUUCUGCAUAUUAUAUAAUGCACAAUGUUUCGCGUGAUUAAGUAUACGGUAAACAGUAACAAUAAUAUUAUGUUGUGGAGUAUAAUAUAUACAUUAUGACGUUAUGUAUGAUCCCUUGUAGUUCAUUCGUUUUUAUUUUAUCGCAUAAUCGGAUUAACAUUUUUUCCAUGAAUAAUAAUUAUAAUUCCAUCAUAAUAGGAUUACGUCCGUAUAUAAUAUUUGUGUUUCAAAUCGAUAAUACUGCGAUGUAUAAACCUGCACUAUCCUAAUUGUAAUUUGAAACUGCUCUUUAAAACUCCAUUAUCGCGAUUCUGCAACAAGUGAAUAAUAUGCAAUUAUAAUAAUAUAUUUGGACGUUUCCGUAUAGGAACAGUGCGACGAAUACUCACCCACGAAAUCACUGGAAGUCGCUGUCAACCAGUGUCUGGACGCUACCAAAGAACUCAGAGUCCAGUUGAUCGCGACGUGCAAAGAACAAUCACACGACCUACCUUUAAUAAUUCGAACGGGUUACGAUCUAGUCACGUGUAUACAGACCACGUCUUCCGACGGAGACAUCGACGGUCUUAACAAAUACGGAGAUCAAUUCGUAGAAGUCGUCGACCAAAUCGGAGAAGUACGUAUACGAACCUCCUAUUUGUCAUUUGGUCCAAAAAUAAUUUAUAUUGAAAUUUGCGAAUAAUAUCGAUUAGAUUUGUAAAGUACUGAGGCACAUAGCCACGAUGGAAGCACUUCAAGUCUCUGCGAAACACGCCGAAGUAAAUUUACGAGUGUACGCGCCCCAAAUCGUUACUGCCGCUCAAGCGUUGGCUCGCUAUCCAUGUUCGAAAAUCAUCAAAGAAAAUCUAGAAGGUCAGUCAAUAUUUUUUCAUCGUUUGAUAACAAUGUCGUUUAUUAACGUGUGUUUUCUAUUUUAGUAUUUGCUGACAUGUGGCAAGCCCUUACUCAGGACGUGUCUACAGUAUGCAAGGAAAUUAUGGAAAAACAAGUACCAGAAAAACAAACGUACAUGUCGCUCCCCAGGCCAGGAGUAAGUCAACAAAUGUCUUUUUAAUAUAUAUUUCAAUAUCUAAUUGUUGUUUAUUGUUUUGUUAAUUUUUUUGACGUUUUUGAAUUACUGUUAUAUUCAUACAGAAACACGGUACGACGACGAAACCACUGAAGUCAGUCAGAUUAGAUCUAUCGGUAAUCAUAUCUUGACGAGUGAAAAAUAAAAUCAUUUAUUUUACUACGAUUUUGUUUUAUUUAUUUUUCCUCUAGGAACAAGAUCAAAUCGCCAAAGCCGGUCUAGAAAUGAAAUUAGCGUCGAGCGAAGUAGAAGCGGAGGCGGACCGAUGGGGUGCCGGAGAAGAAGACGAGGUGGCCAACGAGGAAGGUGCUAGCGUGGACGAACGGGGAAACGCGGCCAAGGCACACGAAGACAACGAUAUCGUAAGAAGGGCGAAAAAUAUGUCCGGAAUGGCGUUGAGUAUGUACGAGUUUACCAAAGGCGACGGUGGAUCGUCACUGAGGACGACUCAAGAUUUAUUCACGCAAGCGGAAUACUUGGCCGAGGAGGCCAAUAGACUUUACAAAUUAGUCAGACAGUUUUCGUAUCAGGUACCUGUCAAAUCGUGACCAUAUAGCUCAUUUAAUUAUUUCAAAAAGGGCACCUAGUUUGUUUGUUCACAUAUACAAAAAUACAUUCAAAACUAUAAAUUAGUUUUGAGUAUUUAACGUAUGUUUAACGCAUUGCGCUAAUUUUGAUAAUUUUCUAGACAUAAAAUAUAAUUAUGUACAUAUUUACGUAUUUACAGCCCUGAAAAAAUCAGUGUAAUGAAUAAUGGGUGAAUUGCAACAUUUUCAGAAAAAAAAUCUCUUGUCAUGUAAACUUAAAAAAAAUAAUACCACUUUUCCCUGCCAAGUUCAUUUACUUCAAUGCAUUUUUAAAUUAAUUAAUUAAUUUUUUUUGGUUUAAUUUUAGGUGCCUAUGGGUGCUAACAAAAAGGAACUUUUGGAACAAUUGGACCAAGUUCCGACUUACGUGCAACAGCUGCAGUUUACAGUAAAAAUGCCAACCGUUGGCAAAUCUGCGACAUUUUCAAAAGUCGAUAGCGUUAUCAAUGAAACCAAAACAUUAAUGAACGUUAUAUCGAAAGUAGUCACGACUUGUUUCGUCUGCGCUACUAAAGUAAGUUUAAACAACAUAAUUUUUUAUUGCCUACUUUUUUUUACAAAACCAUAUUAUUUUGUUUUAUUCAGUGGUCGACCCGACAUUUUCGUUGUUCACGUUUUAGUAGUUGGUUAUCCAAUUUCUACUGUUAAAAAAAGCAAUUAAAAGUUGGGCGUGCAAACCUUUUAAAGGGAAUAAUUUAAAUUGUUCGUUUUCACGCAUAAAACUUGUUUCGUCUCAUAAAUAAUUUUUCAUUGCGUUGUUAUCUACUUUAUACCCGAACGAGGCUGUAUCGUUUUGAAUUUAUUUAAUAUUAUGUUUUUAUUUGAUACUAAUUUUUAUUUUUUUCUAGUAUAACCUCGACUUCCAAGGGCUGUCCACUCGAAGUGGCGGCUUCGGAGAUCGCGGCGAAGACGGCAGCGGUGCCGGAUCCGGUGGCGAGGGUGGCAAAAUGAGUGGAGGAUCAGGCUCGGAUGGAUCCAUGUGACAGUUCGGAAUGGGGCGGAGGAGCAAAGGGGACGGCCGUCGCACCCGCGUGUCGUUCCUGCUCUUCUGAGCCCGUGCUACGUCCGAUGGCACGAAACCCACAAACUAAUUACAUGGCUUCCAACCCCCGCAUAAACAAUAUACUACAGGAAAAUUACUUCCGGUGUAUGGAUUACUAAAGUUACCGGAUAAGUUUCGCUCAACAAUAUAUACAAGUUCUAAGUAUAUAUAAUAAUAUAAAUAUUUACUUAUCUAAUGUUUUAUUUAUUUAUUUUUUUUUUUUUUUUGUCAUCACUACAACACUGAGUGAUUGUUUUAAAUAUUUUAUAUCGACAACGGUGGUUUUUUUAAAAAAAAGAAAAACAAACAAAACAAAAAAAAGCUAAGCAGUUGUACUUAUGUACUUGUAAACGGUAAAACAAAAUCUUAUUUAUGAGUAUAACUAUCAGAUGUCGUUGGAUGUACCUACCUUUAUAGGUACUCAAAAUCGGAUAAUUCUUUUUUUUUUAUCUUUAAUGGUGGUACACAACGACACAUUCUGGUAUUCACGAUAUAGCAGACAAUUAUUAUACUAUAAUAUUACGUUCAUAUUUCGAGAUCAAAGAGCAAUAUUAAUUAUUAUGUACCUAAUUUUCAUUACGUUUUUUGAUUUUUAACCGUUACUACCAGAGCAAAAAGAAAUGUUACUGGAAAUUUAAAAAUUAUUAUAUUAAAUCUUAAGCACAAUCUUAAGCUUAUAGACAAUCAGGCAAUAUAAUAUUUACUAUAAUAUGAUAUAGGACUCGGUUAUAAGAAAUAUUCUUAAAAAAAAAAAAAAAAAUGUUUAAAAAUAUUAUGUAAAAUCGAUAUUUAAAUACAAACAAUGUAUAUAAGUAAAAAAAUUAAAAUAUUACAAUACACGGUUUUUGACGGAAUAUCUUUUUACGGCGUGUUCGCGAAUAAACUGCUCAUAUUGAGAAUAAUAUUAUGUUCGGUCGUUUUUUUUUCCUUUUGAUAUUAUAUUAUAUAGAUAUUAUGUGUUAUAAUAAAAAAAAAAAAAAAAAAAUCAUGUUGAUUUCAAAAUAAAUUCUAUACACAAUUUGUUCUUCUUUUGAUAAUAUCAUACGUUGCUUUUAAAUCGUCAUUUGUCGCAAAAACUUAAUAAUUUAUAUUACGGACGCGUAUUCUCAUAAACUGUAACGUUUUCCAUCUGACUACACGCGUGUAUGAUGGUGUCUGCACGAUCCGCGAGUGUAUCUGAUAUUAGUGCGUAAAAUAUAUUCGAUUCAAGAGGACACACUUUUCAACUCAACGAUAGAUAUGAUAGAUUCCAUGGACAAAAUAAAAAAAAAAAACCCCUGUGAGAGAACUGUAGCUCUUUAAUACGCUACUCGGCUUACACAUUUAUAUUAUUUACAGAAAGUGCAGAUUAAAAAUUAUCAGUUUAAAUAAAAUUUAAAGUGUAAAUAAUUUGACUAAUUUAAAGCAAUAUUUGAAAUGAAUAACAUGCCUCUUGCCUAGAGUGAGAUCAUUAGUUAAUUGUUAUUAGUUUUACCGUGUAAGAUUGCAUUACACAGUGAUAUUAUUAUGGGAUUUGCUGUUAUCUACUGUACUUACUGAUGUUGGGGUGAUAGUGAUUAGGCGAUAUUAAGUGUACAUCAGUAAUGUGCACGAGUGCAGUCAGGCGGAAAACGGUACAAAUCGAUUAUAUAUUAUAACGACGGUUGGCUUCGAUUAUUUGCACCGGGUCUAUACCUCCGACACGUUUCGUUUUUUCCGAGGUGUGUCAAUAGGGGCUUCCAUCACUCGACAAAGAAAAUGAUAAAACAAAAAGAAAAUAAGAAAUGUUUUCCAUGUCAAAAAUUUCAAAGUAGAAUUAUGAAGUUUGUAUAAUAAUGUCUUCCCCAAAUUGUGUUCCAUUGUCCUAAUAUGACUUCCCGUGUGUUUUAAUAAAAUGGUUAGAUUAUUAUAUUGUAAUGAUCUCUAAAUGAAAAAAAAAAAAAAAAAAAAAAUUAAUAAUAAUAACAGCGAAUAAAUAGUUUUUGAACAAUAUUUUAUUAUAAAUUCAAUUAUUUUAAUAAAUUUUCAAACGUUCGUAU